AUGUCAUUUGCAAAAUGCUGCUUAGCACCGCAAGGUAAAACAGAUGAUUUCCUCGGCCUCAAUACACCAUCAUCCCAACCAGUACUAGCCGCACAUUUCAGCAGUAUCAAGCUAGCUCGCCUGGUUUCUGAUUCCUAUGGGUGUGCUCAUGUUGCCAGUUUAUUGCUGGAAUUACUGGGAUCACUGUAGGCUUUGCUCUUGCUGCUGUAGCGUUUGCACCAGACGGCAGUAGCCUGGUGCUACAUUUGAUUCCCUGCUCCUGUCGCUGCAGAAUUUGCCCCAGACAGCGCUGGUUUGGUGUCCUAUUUUCUUCUCAGCCCGAGGAGUGAGCAGAAAGAGUUCACUCUACAAGUGCCAGCGUGGACCAUACAGAAGCAGCAAAGUAUUUUCAUACCAGGACAAACGACUGCUGUUUGAUAAGGUAGGUGCAACCACAUCCUUAACAGAUAUAGGGCACUUCCAGCCCGUUUGGGGUGGGAUUCAGUCAUGCACUGGUAUAUUCGGGUUGCAUGAUUAAAGCCGAUUUGGAGCUGCUGUUUUGCCAAAAGAUUGGGCUUUUUGCUAUAAGGAACGCAACGGUUGGGAGAACUGCAGAGAAUAGCACCUGCUCUGAUGCAAUGUCAUCUAGCCUCUCUGCAAACAAAUCAGAACAAAUGCUCCUUAAAUAGCCAACAGCCUCUAAUCUCCCUGCAAACAAAUCACGCUGAAUGCUCAAUGAACAGGAUGCCUGGAACUGUCCUGUAGUUGGUAAGACUACUAUCCUGCUAAUACUUUCUUGUGGGUAGGGAAACAGGAAACUGCCUUAUAUAGAGUCAGGUCAAUGCUCCAUCUAGCUAUACCAAACUGGAAACAGGUCACCAGAAGAGGACAUUUCCAGAACUACUUGGACAUGCCAGGAAUGAACUGGGGGACUUAUUUUUUAUGCAACGCAGGAUGCGCUACCGCUGAGCUAUGGUCAUUGGUUGAGCUCGGCAGGACUUACUUCCAAGGCUUGUGCUGCAAGAGCGUGGUCUAUGAGACACAAAGUCUUGGGUUCAAAUCUCAGCAAAAUGAAAUGCAGCUUGGGCCCAUGAAGAUUUACCUGGAAGGAAAUCCCACUACAUUCAGCAAUACUAUUUGCACAGAAAUCCUAAGUAUAUUUAUGUAGUAAUUGACAUUAAAGGUAAAGGACCCCUGACAGUUAAGUCCAGUCGUGAAUGACUCUGGGGUUGCGGUGCUCAUCUCGCUCUAUAGGCCAAGGAAGCCGGCGUUUGUCCACAGACAGUUUUUCCGAGUCAUGUGGCCAGCAUGACUAAGCCGCUUCUGGUGAACAAGAGCAGUGCAUGGAAACGCCGUUUACCUUCCCGCCAGAGCAGUGCCUAUUUAUCUACUUGUACUUUGACGUGCUUUCAAACUGCUAGGUGGGCAGGAGCUGGGACUGAGCAAUGGGAGCUCAUCCUGUUGUGGGGAUUCGAACUGCCGACCUUCUGAUCGGAAAGCCCUAGGCUCAGUGGUUUAGACCACAGCGCCACCCGCAUCCCUAGUAAGUGACAUUAGGCAAACCAUUAUCUAAGCUGCAAUUCCUCCCCACCUCCACCUCCACAUCUAUAGCAUGGUGAUAAUUGUGCUAGCCUACCUUACAGGACAGUUGUAGAUUACUGUCUGUAAGAUGUUUGGAAUAGUUGAAGGACUCUAAAUAUAAGUCAGCUAGAUUUGCGGGACUACAAAUAAUGGCAGGCAUUUGAUUUUUUUAAAAAAAUCUUGGCCUCAUCGCUUGCCUGCUUCCUCAAGGUUCCUCCAGAGAAUCAAGUGCUUCAGUUUGGGGACCUGCAAAAAUCUGUUUUAGAUUUGCAUGGAAUUCUCUUCAAAUCAACUUAGCUGCCAAUGGAAAUAAGCCAUCCACCUGUAUGAAAAAAUAAUAACCUUUCAUUGGUUCUGGCAUGCACAACAACUCAUUUUAUGCUGCCUGAAAGGGUUUUGGCACCGAACUGUUUUAGAAAAGAGAAAUGACGACUUUGUAUUCAGCAGAGUCCUAACAAUUUUGUCGUUUGUGUACUAAUGCAUGCUGUUUGCCAAGAUAAAAAUCUGAUAAUUAAGAAAUUCCUUUGGUUACACUGUGGAGUUUGAGGAGGUCAGGGUGAUGUGGCAAUGGGACGGCCAACUCACAUCCCGCAAUGUUGCGUCUUGUACACAGCCAGAUUUUUCCCAUCCCUCAAACUGGGAUUCAAGACACCACUCCUUACCUGAUAAGCAUCCUUCCUGUUAGAAGAUGAGGCUACCUUCAAAAUGUGAUUGGUUUUCUCUCCCAGUUUGCAUAAGCACACUGUCAAACAAUGCACAUUUAUGCCAAGGCUGUGCAUGCUCCCAUUUACUCUGCAUCCAGUGUGCUCACACCGUUGGUUUGUGGCACUGUGUCCACACAGCAUCAGCCACAACCCACAUCUAUCCUGUAUCUCAAGAAAUGCUGUGUUCUGAUGCAUCCCACCCUCUUUCCCAAAUGACCUUUGAUCGGAGUUGAAAAUGUAAGCAAUAUGAAGACACCCAUACUACUUCUUCGCCCACUGGUGUGGAUAGACAGUGGGUGACUUGAAAACACAUCAAACUGUACCAAUGUCUAUCAUGAUGUGAAAUUGCUAUUUGAAACACAGCGUGAAAAACUCCCUGACCUCCUUGCAUUUAUGCCGGUAAUGUGUGCGUAGUCCAAAGAUGUUUUGACAGCAACUUCCUUUUUUUUGAAUCUGUUGUGCAUACAUCUGCAGGGAAAAGAAGGAGUCCCUCUAACAGUGAACUCAGGCCAACAGGACUGGAGCCAAAAUGGGGCCAGUAAGAAACAAGGGGGUCUGCUUAAGGGAAGUACAAAAAGUCUUUGAAAAAGACCUAAGCGGGCAAAAAUCUCCCCAAAAGGAGCCCAGCAAGGACUGAUCACGCCCCGUAGCCACAGAAUGUUGACUAUCAGUUGGAAAAGAAAAAAUAGAAAAGGCAUGUAUGCAAUGGAAUAUCCGGGAAUGCAGUGGAAUAUCCUGGAGGAGGGCCUGCCUGCCAGGAACCCUGAACAGGAGAAUAAGAGAAUCAUACAAUUGUAGAGUUGGAAGGGACCAUGAGGGUCAUCUAGUCCAACCCCACCAGGCAGGAAUCUUUUUGUCCAACAUUUAGCUUGAACCCAAAACCCUGAGAUAGAGUCUCAUGCUAUGCUGACUGAGCUAGCCCAGGUUCAACUCUUCUUAAAGCUAAAGGGACUCAUGACGAUUACGUCUGGUCGCGGACGACUCUGGAGUUGCGGCGCUCAUCUUGCUUUACUGGUCGAGAGAGCCGGCGUACAGCUUUCGGGUCAUGUGGCCAGCAUGACUAAGCCGCUUCUGGCGAACCAGAGCAGCGCACGGAAAUGCCGUUUACCUUCCCGCUGGAGCGGUACCUAUUUAUCUACUUGCACUGGUGUGCUUUCGAACUGCUAGGUUGGCAGGAGCAGGGACUGAGCAACGGGAGCUCACGCAGGGAUUCGAACCGCUGACCUUCUGAUCGGCAAGCCCUAGGCUUUGUGGUUUAACCCACAGUGCCACCCGCGUCCUCUUCUUAGGUGAGGAUAAAUGGCAACAUUUUGCUGCAGAUCCCGCUGUUAAACUUCUGUUUUUAAAAACAGACCUAGGGCAAACUCAGAACAUGCUAAGAGGCACUUGUCCUUAGGUCCUUUCUUUGGUAGGAAACACACUUUGAAUGAAGUGUGAUGUAAUAACUGGAGCGCACUGUGUUUAGAUGCCGGAAACCCGAGAUUCAACUUCCUCCUUGGCUCUGACGCUUGCUGAGUGAGUCACUCUUUCUCUCCCUAACUUCUUUGCAGGCUUCUUACUAGUACAAAACGUUGCUCUGAGGUCCUUGAGAAACAAGCAACAGAUGUAACAAACAAAGAACUGGUUCUGCCCAAGGGAAUGGCACUUUGUGCAUGCUCUGAUGCUGUAUCCUUGGGUCUUUUUCUUUCCUCUAGGAGGGAGAAACAAAAUCCCACUUAGAGGAUAGUCAGUGAGAAGGAUGUGCUCUGAGCCACCAGGUCCUUAGGUCGUUUUCUGGAGAGGAGAAAAAACAUUUAUGGGAAAGGCAUCUUUGAAUGUGCCCUGCCUGAGUCAUACAUAGGUGGGCAGACUUCAAACUUACUGGAUAUUUUUUGUUACUAGAUCAUUGAGCUUCCCUAGCUGGAUGCAGGUGGAAAACAGCAGUGGGGUAUAUUCUUAGAAUUAUGGAGCAGGGUGCCUCUGAACAGCGUCAGAGCUGAGUGCACAGUCCGGUCCUGCAAAAACCCACUCCUGGUUUUCACAGCAAGCUUUCCACCGUCAGAGGAAGACUAUUUUGCUGCUGCUUUUUCAUUGGAAUGGCUGAUUUAUUCUGAAAUUACCUGAGAGAUCUAUUAGCAGAUCCUGAUGCACCUUCAGCAACUCCCAUGCUUGAUCUGAGGCACCUACUCAGCUCACACAACAUGGUAAAAUCAGAGUUAAUGAUUUACCACGAUGUAAAUGCACUGAUCUUGGUCACUUUACUCUCUAGUUGCUCAAAGGAGAAGCAAGCAAGCAAGCUACAAUCCCUGGCUUAGUCUUAGCAUUCAGACAACCCACGACUAGCGAGCCAAGAACAAACAUUGUCUACAGAUUGUGGUGUUCUUGGGAGUAAAUAAACUCCUGUUCGGAUUUAACAUGACUGUGGUUUAUUUUCCCUGCACAAGCUUAUUUGUAAGAUUUCUCACCUGGUCCCAGGGUAGACUAACACAAUAUAGUAUAGCUAUGAAAACACAUAGAAUUGUUACGAUCCUAAAAGAAGUAAAACCAUUAAACAUUGAAGCGAAGGGUAUAAAUUCAACGAAACAGGCAGGUCCCACAAAAAUGAAACACCUUAACGUGUCAAAGGCCAAGGUAAAGAGGCAAUUCUACAGCAUAUGCUGGAAGCUGUACAGUGAAAAUGGUAGACACACGUCUGUAGGGAGGGAGUUCAUAGAAUCAUAGUUGGAAGGGUACCCAGAGGUCAUCUAGUCCAACCCCCUGCAACGCAGGAUUCUUAGCUAAAGAGAGAUGACCAUCCAACCUCUGCUUAAGAACCUCCAAAGAAGGAGAAUCCACAACCUCCAAGGAAGGUGAGUUCCACAAUUUGGGGGCUGCCACAGAGAAGGCCCUUCCCUUGGCCGCCUUCCCCACACUUCUGUGGGGAAACUGCUGAGAGUGCAUGCUAUGUGGAUGAUAAACCCUGCGGAGGUGGGUAGGGAUGGAGAAGCAAACCAGGCAAGGCCGGUGCUUCUGCAGCAAGCCAUUAAUUGUGAUUAAGAGUGGUAGACUCAUAAUCUGGUGAACUGGGUUCGAUUCCCCGCUCCUCCACAUGUAGCCACCUUGGGCUAGUCACACUUCUCUGAAGUCUCUCAGCCCCACUCAGCUCAGAGAGUGUUUGUUGUGGGGGAGGAAGGGAAAGGAGAAUGUUAGCCGCUUUGAGACUCUUAGGGUUGGGAUAAAGCGGGAUAUCAAAUCCAAACUCUACUUCUUCUUCUUCAGUUGGGACCCCAGUUCCAAACAGCCCGAGUCAGAAUGGCCAAUGGUCAUGGAAUGAUGGAAACUGUGGUCCAAAGCCAUAACAAUAGAGAACCACAGGCUUCCUACCCAAUUUAAGGGGGUGUGGGGUGGAACUAUGGGUGUCCAAAAGUCCUGGAAUUUGACACACACACACACACACACACACACAAAUUUGUAAAUCUGUCUGUGCUUGGCUACCCAGAGCUGAAAUACAUGACCUUUCACGUGCCCUUUCAAACACAUGCAUUUGUAGGGAAUCCCAAACUUGGUAGAGAGUAGGCAGGGAGCAGAGUCACAACACACAACCAUCCAUCAUGCGGCAAUGGACCAUGGAUAUUGCUCUCCCGGCACUGGAUCACACCCAAGUUCACAUUUAUAGCACAGAGGAAAAGAUCCAUGCAUACGAAAGCUUAUACCCAGAACAAACUUAGUUGGUCUCUAAGGACCAACUGGACAAUUUUCUAUUUUUAUUUAUUUUUGGAAGAGAAAGAAAGAAAGCAAAGACCUGAAAUACAGGACAAAACUGUAUCCAUGCAGGCCCUAGCAUUUUACACUGAAAUACGGGACAAUCCUGCGUUGUACAGGACAGGUGGGUGCCCGGGUGGGUGCCAUGUAGCUGCAUGGACCUGGCGCCAAAACACAUGGGUGCCCGGCCCCUCUUGUUGGGGGGGUUGGGGAGUUUUGUGGGUGCCCCCCCAAGGAGCUGGCCUCUAUGGGUGGCAACCGUAGGACUGGAUUACCCUUGGGGUCCCUCCCCAGUCUUCAGCAAGGGCCCUGCGGCCGGCAAACCACCGCCAGAGGCGGGGGAACUCUGCACGCGCUCAGGGACCCCCGUGCGCGCGGAUGCAGAAGAGGAGGAGGAGAAGGAGGAGGGAGGCCGCUUGGCUGCGGCUCCGUCGGCUCCGUUUCUCCGCUUUUGCCGGCGCCACGGAGGCCCUUCGGAGCCAGGCCGGCGGCGGCGGCGGCGGGCCCGCCCUCGAGGAGGAGCCGGGCGGUGGGCGGUCCGUGGUCGGCGGCGGAGGCGGAGGAGGAGGCCGGGCCGCCGAGGAGCAGGCAGGCCGCCGGUCGUCGCCUCGCCGCCGCAGAGCCAGCAGCUGCCGUCGUCGCGGGGUCCGCAGGGCGACGCCGCCAGCACCGCCCGCAGCGAAGCCGAGAGCCCCGCUCGCCCCACCGACCCACCGCCUGCCCGGCCGCCCGCUUCUCCCCCGGCACCGCAAGAGAGAGGUAGAGGCGGACCCCGGGGUGCCGACUCCCCUCUCCUCCUGGAGCGCCCCUUCCUCCUUCCUUCGCCCCCUCCUCCCCCAGGCAGCCCCUUUCUCUUCCCAUUAUUGGGGGGCAGAGGGGGAAGGGGCCCCCCUACUCCCGCGAGGCACCCCCACUCAUUUCUCCGCAGGCUUGAGGCGCCCCCCCAAAAGAAACCCCCGAGGUACUCUCGAGGACCGUUCUGGGGCGUCCCCCAAAUCUUGGGGUACCCCGGAGAUAACCAUUGUGAGUUGCCCACCCCAAUCCUGGGGUGAUCUUGAGGAGCAUUCUGAGGACGACCACCCCUCAGUCUUGGGGUGCUAUUGAGAACCGUGUUGUGGGGGCUCCCCCAAAUACUGGGGUGCCCACUGAGAACCUUUAGGAGGAGAGGGCCCUUCCUGCCCACAGUUUUGGGGAAGGGGCUCGUUAUCCUUUUAUCUAGGGACACCCCCUAGAUCUAGGUGGGUGUUUGCGUCGGGCAGUAAAGGCGCCCCCCCUCCCCUCUGCUUUAUCCUCAGCUUGGGUGGGUGAAGUUCUGUUUCUAUUAUUCCAGGGGGACCCCCCUCCCCAUUUCUAAUACGAUGGGGGAUGUGUGGUGGCCUUAUUCUCGCAAGAGGCAAUAAAACUCCCCCCAAUUUUCAGACUGGGGGUGGGGGGGGAAAGAGUUCUCCAGUUAUUUCUUUUGGGGGGGCGAUGGGCUAUGUAGCCCCUCUCCUCAAUAUCUCCUCAGUCAUGUCCGUGUGUGUGUGUGUGUGUGUGUGUGUGUGUAUGUAUUUUACCUAUUGUCAUAUGAGGUAGCAAAGCUCUCUUUCUCCCCCUUCCCCUUUGAUCACUUCUUAGGCUUUUCGCUUUGGGUGGGUGCGAGAAAUGGGGAUGUUCUUAUUUAUUUAAAAGGGGAGAGGGGUUGUUGUUGCACAGUUCCUCCCCCAGAAUCUGCUUGGGAGCCUGGACUGCAGAGGGGUCCUGUUGGAGACUGCAGGUACCUAUCCUCCCCUUUCUCUCCCACCCCUCCCCAAUUUAAUUUUUUUUUUUUGGGGGGGGGAGAAUAGCAUUCCCCUUAUCAUUUCAGGUAUUGAAGCCCCUGCCCCCAGUAUCUUCCAUGCUCCCAUUAGCUAGGGUGGUGUGCUUGGGGUGCUGCUGUUAUUCUUUAAGGCGAUGAGCGAACCCUUUUGUAAAUGAUUCCUGAGCCUCACUGAAGUUCAAGGUUGUGUGUAUGCUUUUUUUUGGGGGGGGUGCAUGGGGGCGGAUGUUUGUUUUGUCCCUUACUGCAGACAAGUGCCACCCCAUUUGUUUGACGGCUCGGAUUGAGGACCAGAAACCUCCCUGCUUACUUACACCCACAGAGGAUCUCCUUCCUUUUCUUUUCACCUUAGUUCCUAAUGACACAUCUCUCUAUUUUUCUCCCUCCCUCCCUCCCACCGCCCCACCUCCUGCCUUUUUUCAGGAUCAUUUCCUCUUUCUGUGUCUGCAUGAGAGCAUGUGAGAUUCCAAUAGCAAGAGCAACAACAUACCCAGCCCUUUCCCAGAGAAUAAAGACUUCUUUAUCCUCGCGUUAAUUGCCCUCUGAUAUUAUUUCUCUCUCUUCCCCUUUCCAAAUGUCACAAAAGAUGAAAUACGAGAGCAGUCAAUUUCUGCAAGAUAACAUGUGUACACUCAUUUACAAUCAGUUGCCCCGGGUUGCUUCUGCAAGGGAUGCAUGCGCUCAAGAUGAUGGACACAAAAGCAGAAAGAGAGGGUUUGUGGGGUUUUUUUAAUUCACAUGCACCAAGCUCCUUCCCUGCCCCCACUAAAUUUAUAUUAAAACCAGAACAAAUGUGAGGUUCUGUGCUGCUCUUUAAUAGGUAGAUGGUAUUUGUCAAUGCUGCAACGCUCUUAAGGGGUGUGUGUCUCUGUGUUUUCUCCUCUUCUGAUUUCUCCUUUACACCCCGCUAAUAUUAGGUAUCCCGUUUGCCUAAAAUGUGAAGGAAUCAUUGAGCAUAGUAGGAGAGAUCGGCGGAGUGGUAGAUUUCCCACCGUUGUGCUUUUCUUUGGGGUGUGUGUGUGUAUGGAUUUGAAGGAAGGAAAGAAGGCAGACAUCUGCAAACAAAGCCUUGCCCCCCCCCCCAUAAGACUGCUAGAGGAGGGUUUCGUCACUGGCUUCAACGGCAUCAGCCUGGCAUGCUUUGUGCUGAGAUAAUGUGCUAGCCGGGUGUAUGUACAGCAUUAUGUGCUGAUGGAAACGUUCCAGAGAAUGCCUCAUCUGCGAGAGGGUUGUAGUUCAGCCAGCUCAAAUUGCUGAUGUAUACGAAAACAGCAGCGCGGUUAAAGCAGACAAGAGGGGAAAUAAGUCUGAGGCAUACUCAAGAUCUUCCAUUAAAUGUUUGAUAACAAACUUAAUCCGUCGGUCGCAUCUAGUCCAGUGCUCUGUUUCCAGUAGCGGUCAGCCUGGAACCUCGGUGUGUGUCGUUUUCCUUUGUUAUCCCUCAACACCCCCCAACAUCCGGUAUUCUGAGUGAUGCUGUCUGCUGUGCCCUUUACCUGUCAUUGCUAAUAACCAUUGGAAGACAAAUUCAAGCACGAUGGACCUUUUUUGGGGGAAAGUCAUGUAAGGUUCAGCCUGCAUGUAUGGGGAGGUGUAUAGGUUCUGGCAGCUGCAUAAGGUUUUUGGUUUUUUUAAGCAUGAUGUGACAUCGUUGUUUUAGGGUUACUGUGCAAAUAGCAACCAUGGAAGUGGGUGGGUGGGGGGCACCCACAAAGCACCCACAUUUUUCAGCUGUGCUUUGCUGAGAAAAGGUGUCUCCCUGUGUCUUUUAAAAUAAUAUUUAUUAAGAUUUAAAAGAUUACAAAAAGAGAAAAUAGAAAACAGCAUAUUAAGCAAAAACAAAACAUCACAUCACAAUAAGAAAAGAAAAAAAUACACAAUGAACCUUCCCAUAACUUAUCUUUCAUUUGCUUGUUUCUUGACCUCCUCACACCUCCCUUUUUUGUAUUCUAGUUCAGUUAGCUAUUUCAGCAAGUCCUUUCCAUCUUUUCCAGUUUUUGUCCUAUAUUUUAUCUUAAUAUAAUGUAACUUUACUUUCCCUCCUUUCACCAUUUAACAAUCUGUUUUUUCUUAAUCCUUUAUAGCAUUUCUGCUAAAACCACAUUAGUUCAUUCCAACAUCCUUCUAACAUUCCUUAAUUUUACAAUGUUUCUGUAAAUAAACUUUAAAUUUCUUCCAAUAUUCUUCCACCGACUCUUCUCCCUGGUCUCGGAUUCUGCCAGUCAUUUCCGCCAGUUCCAUGUAGUCCAUCACCUUCAUCUGCCAUUCUUCCCGGGUGGGUAGAUCUUGUGUCUUCCAGUACUUUGCAAUAAGUAUUCUUGCUUCUGUUAUGGCAUACAUAAAGAAAGUUCUAUCCUUCUUUGGCACCAAUUGGCCGACCAUGCCCAGGAGAAAGGCCUCUGGUUUCUUCAAGAAAGUAUAUUUAAAUACCUUUUUCAUUUCAUUAUAAAUCAUCUCCCAGAAUGUCUUAAUCCUUGGGCACGUCCACCAAAGGUGAAAAAAUGUACCUUCAGUCUCUUUACAUUUCCAACAUUUAUUAUCGGGCAAGUGAUAUAUUUUUGCAAGCUUGACUGGUGUCAUGUACCAUCUGUAAAUCAUUUUCAUUAUAUUCUCUCUUAAGGCGUUACAUGCCGUAAACUUCAUACCUGUGGUCCAUAACUGUUCCCAGUCAGCCAUCAUAAUAUUAUGUCCUACAUCUUGUGCCCAAAGGUGUCUCCCUGUGUCGAUCAAGCCCCAGCCUUGCUGCAUGUGGGGAUUUACAUAGCACAUUUCAAGUACACCUUUCAAAGCACUUGUACAUAGGUAAUCUCAGUAUCUCAGUCAUGCUAAUGAUGCUUUAUUAAUACAGAUAAAAAUAAGGGGUAAAAUGGCCACAUAUAUGGACUGGGCAGUUGAGCUGGAGUGUUGCACAUUGGCUCUUAUUUUAUUUUUUACUGGCUACUUCCAACUUUCUCCUGGUAUCCUUGUAACACUCUUUUGCAGUGCAAACCUAUAUAUGUCUACUGGGAAGCAAGUCCCAGCAAGUGGGUCUAGGUAUGCAGCCUUAUUCUCCCAGUAAGAACCUGAAUUGCUGUGGAUGACAAAGGAGCAGCUGGUUAAUUUCACCUUACUUUUGAUACCCCUGGAUUUCCUAGAGUGAGUUAAUAAACGUGGGUGUGUUUGGAGACCUUGUUGCGGAUGAUAUCGUGAUCGUACUAACAUGUGCAGCCCAAGCGUAGUCACAUUGACUGAUAAGUUCCACUGAGUUGAAUGGGACUUGCUCUCAAGCAAGCACACACAGGAUUGCAGCCUCGGUCUCCUGAACACCAUUGGUAUAAGGCAAAAACAACCGUGUGGAACCAGGGAAGGAGCUCUGAUGGUGUUGGGGUGCUGUUUGGAGCUGAGAAGCGCUUGUCUUCUCCCUUGUUUCUUCUGUGCUGUAAAUCCCACAUUCCAUCUCAAAGCUGCUUUUCUUUCUUUUUAUCUUUUAAAAGCCGCACCCCCUAUUAAUACAUGCUUGCGUGUCAUGUGUAGUUGACCUCUUAGUACUCUGUGUAUGCGCUCAUUUGGGGAAGUGAUAAUGCCUCUCUUUUGGCUUCAGAAGGUUGCAGGUUCAAUCCUUGGCAUCUCUGAAACCCAGACUGUGUGUCUGUGUGGGUGGUGCUCACUGGGUAAUAAUAAUAAUAAUAAUAAUAAUAAUAAUAAUAUGCUGCCCGUCUGACUGUGUUGCCCCAUCCACUCUGGGAGGCUCCCAACAAGGUAUUAAGGUAUAAGGGAGCUUCCUAUUAAUCUGCUCUUUUACUUUCUCAUCUGCUACUAAGACCAAAGUUUAGGUCAGAAGGCUGUCCUCCUUUUCACCCUGUUAAUCUCAUGUUUGCAUAGUGUUGCUUUGCUUGGUGUGAAGCACGUUAAAUAAUGACGUGUGGGGUUAAGUUAAGGACACAGUGGAUCUAUAGAAUUUGGCAGGUUGUAAAAAAAGCUCGUGCUUCUUUUAUAUCUUGUUUUUGUAUUGACACUGAUCAUUCUUUGUGCUAUGUAUUGAGCUUUCUUUCAUUUUCAAACAGUGCCCUGGCCGGAUAGGUGACAAUCUGUAAAUGAUAUUAAAAAAUAAUACUGUAAUGCAUUACUAAUGGUUGGAGGUGGAACAGAACACUUGUUCCAUUUUACAGAUUGGGCUCAGAGCACAAGGGCUGCUGGCCCAAUGACUGCACAGCUAAUUUAGAAUUACCACAGCUGAUCUGUUGCGGCUGAAAGAAUGCAGUCUUGUUUCCAGCUGGCUAGAUAUUUAAAAUAUUACAGUAUUUAAACAUGUGUUGAUUGGAGGUACUUGGUUAAACAGCAUAUUGGUGGAUUAUCCAAAACACAAAGUCUGAAUCAAAACAGCUGCACCAAUCUGAUUGCAAUUUUAAACACACUUGCUAGAGAGUAAGCCUUACUGAACUCUGGGGGAAUAUAUUUCUGCAUAAAUAUGCUUAGGACCAUGCUGCCAGUUGAUGUUUUAGCUAAAAGUGGAAAAUUGCAGGCGCUCGAUGACUGCUAAAUAAUGUUUAUGUUUAGGGAUGUCCAUAUCUUUUGAACCCAGGUUUUAAAUCAAUUUUCUCACUUGGAUAUGGUGGUUUUUUUUUGGUGUCUUCUAAAAAUGGAAAAUGUGGUCUAACAAGCAAAAAAAAAAAAAAAAAGCCUUUGGUUUUCUGAGAGAGUGUAAUCUAACUGAGCAUCUAAACUCCUGUUCUCCUGCUCCUCUUGUUAUACAUUAACAUUUUGAGAAAAGGUCAGCACAUUUAAGUCAAUUGACAGGUCAAAUACUGUCAGUCGACCGGUCAGUUGGCCACCUGUUUAAUGAUCAGGGUCAGAUAUUGCCAAUAUUCCAUGAAGGCAUGCUGUCGGAUUGCCCUCGACAUUUCAUCACGGUCUUUUAUUUUGCUAGCAAGGAGAGUCGUGAGAGCAUCUUUCCCCCAAGUCAGGCAAACACUGAGCAGCAGUGGAAAUCUUAAUAUGAGAGCAACCCACUUGGAUUGGACUGAAGUCCCAUCUAGUCCGUCGCUCUGUUUUUCCAUUGUGGCUAGGCAGAAGCUGCCAGGAAGCCCAACGGCAGAACCCGAAGGCAAUAGUCCUUGCCCCCUGUUGCCACCCAGCAAGUGGUAUUCAUGUUGCCUCAAAAUCUGGGAGGCUCCCUUUAUCUGAAUCUGUCCAACCUCCCCUUUAAAGGUCAUCUAAGCUGUUAUAGCCCUCGUCACAUUUUGCGGCAACAAAUCUGGUAAAUUUAUUAUUGUGCUGUGUUAGGAAAUAUUCAACUUUGUUCUGAAUUUAUUGGCGGGCAGUACCAUUGUGUGAUCUGCGGAACUAGUACUACAAGAGAGGGAGAAAAACUUCUCUCUAUUCACUUUCUCCAUGCUAUGCAUAAUUUUUGCACCCCCUUAGUCAUUUCUUAAAAAAGCAAAAUACCUCAAACACUUUAGCUUCCGCUCUCUGAUCAUUUUUAGUUGCCCUCUUUCCACACCUUUUCUAGCUCUCUGAUAAUCUUUUUGAGAUGGAGGGACCAGAACCACAUGUUAUAUUAUAAAUGUGACUGCAUUUAUCAGUUUCACCACAUUUUUAGCUUGGUUUCAUUGCAACACAGCCAUAGUUAACUAUUUUGCUUUUGUGAUUAGCAUGCACAAUGACGGAAGUAUUUACUUAUUGUUCUAAUAAAACGAGUGCUUUAAAAAUCCUUGCCUGUUCUUUAACUGAUUCCGGAAUACCCAGUACCAAACUAUUUCUUGAUGGGUUAAAUGCCCAACCAUAUUUUGAGAGCAUUUAGUGGGAUGUAUUAUAACUUAAGAUCAAUUGAAAGAACCUAAUGAUUGAUGUUAUCUCAUGUAUAUUUUGGCCUAAGGGGUUUGGCUUUUAAAUUUACAAUGCUACCCUAUCCAUGUCCACUUGCAUGUAAGUCUUAGUGAGUUCAAUGAGACGUACAGGUAUGCUUGCAUAGGAUGGCAGCCUUAAUUUAAUUUAUUUCAUUGCAUUUAACUUAGAGAUGGAGAACCAGCCCCAGCAAGCAUGGACAAUAUUUUGGGGGGGAUGCAUUUAUUGUCCAACAGUUCCCCUUUCCAGGCUUAAGAAGAAAAGAGUCUGUCUCUUACAUUAGGGUCUUAGAUGCAAUCUAAUCUUGUAAUAUUUGCUGUGGCUCCUGGAUUCCGUUUCCUUUAGGUACUUUUUAACUUCCAAGCCGGGGUUCUUAGCAUUUUGAAUCUAUCUUUUCUACAUGAACCACUUUUUCUACCCAUUUAAAUUCUUCUCCUCCUCUGAAAGGUGACCUUGUGACAGCUGUUACUGAGAGAGGGAGAGAGAGAGCGGCUUGUGCAUAUCUCAUCAGUAAUUUCCACGUCAGACGUGUGCUGUUACAAAUCGAAGCGAAUUUGAACGAUGAAAAAAAUACCUGGUGGUGCCCCACAGCCAAAGUGGUUCCUCUUCCAUUUACUUCAAGGAUUUGCUAGCCUCCUGGAAAAGCUAGUUGUGUUAAGACACAGCUUUAAAGGCAUUCUGUGCAGGACAGACAGGCAUCAAGCGCAGUGGCUGAACACAUGGCUUUGUGUUUUGAGAAAAUACGUCUCCUUGGGGCCCACCUUUCUUCAAAGCCCUUGCGUAACCUCCACUCUUCUACAACCACAUCAAACUUCAACACACACCUUAUUAUGCUUGCUUCUCCCAACAGCCUUUUUUCUGUUCUCUUCCAAAAUUAUAGUCAUACCUCAACAGUGUAAGCUUGUUGGGGCAGGGAUCUUUUUUGGUGAUGCUGUAAAGCACUGUCCCACUAAAUCACGCUGUGUAGGGAACAUUUAUUUAUGUAAGUGGGCAGUCAUCACCACUUGCUAUUGUAAUCCAACCCCAUAUCAUUGCGGCAGUUUUUGUCUAGUGUGACGCAGGGCCUGAAGUUACAGGCUGGUUCGUGCAGGUAUCCACAAAGGUGAAUAUCUGAAGCCUCUGAGUGCCUGUAGCAUCCACUGAGCGCCUUCUCCCAGCCCUCUGAGCAGCAUUAUUGCCUGGUCUGGCAGCAAAGAGAAAUAAGGGUGCUGUGGAAGUCAUACGAACCAGUUCCUCUUGUUGCAAGAAGAUUCCGGGUUCCAACAGAGGUUGGUUUAUGCUGUUGUUGAGAUUGCUGGAAAGGGGCACCCUGUGAGUGGCUGUAGCAGCUGUCAGAGCUGCUAGCUACUACAGUCAACCAGAGGCAUCCAGAUAUGUGGAGUCUUGAUCAUGGGUUGCUGUGGAGACCAUUUCUAGGUUAUUCCGUUUCCAUAAACUUACAGUUAAAGUGGGUGGACCUGGUACUUAGGUGUAGUCCUGUCUUUAUAUGAUACUAUAUUAAAAGGUAAAGGCAAAGGACCCUGACAGUUAAGUCCAGUUGCAAACGACUCUAGGGUUGCGACGAUCAUAUUGUUUUACUGGCCGAGGGAGCUGACGUUUGUCUGCAGACAGUUUUUCCGGGUCAUGUGGCCAGCAUGAAUAAGCCGCCUCUGGCGAAACCAGAGCAGCGCACGGAAAUGUUGUUUACCUUCCCGCCGGAUCGGUACCUAUUUAUCUCCUUGCACUUUGAUGUGCUUUUGAACUGCUAGGUUGGCAGGAACUGGGACCGAGCAACGGGAGCUCACCCCGUCGCAGGGAUUCGAACCACCGACCUUCUGAUUGGACAGCCUUAGUCUCAGUGGUUUAGACCACAGCGCCACCCAUAUCCCUAUGAUAUUAUAUUAUAAUUUAUUAAAUCUGAAUACCCACCUGGAUCUGUAGAUCUCAGGGGGGUUCACAACAUAAAUAAAAACACAAUAAAACACAAUAAAAACACCACCACCACAAAUCAAUAAUUCCCCUUCACACAAACACAUUUAAAAGGGCAUAGGAUGUAAAUCAGAUCAACCAAAGGCCUGGUUAAAAAGGAAUGUUUUUGCCUGGCACCUAAAAGUGUAUAAUGAAGGCAGCAGGCGAACUUCCCUGGGGAGAGCAUUCCACAGAUGGGGAGCCACUGCAGAGAAGGCCCUGCUCUCAUGUUGCCACCGUCUGGACCUCUCGAGGAGGAGGCACAUGAAGGAGGGCCUCAGAAGAUGAUCUCAGGGUCCGGGUAGGUUCAUAUGAAAAGAGGCAGCCCUUGAGGGAUUGCGGUCCUGAGCCAUUUAAGGCUUUAUAGGUCAAAACCAGCACUUUGAAUUGGGCAUGGAAACUAAUUGGUAGCCAGUGCAAUCGGACCAGGAUCGGUGUAAGAUGCUCAAACCGUCCUGCUCUGGCGAGCAACCUGGCUGCUGAAUUCUGCACUAGCUGAAGAAGGGCCUCAAAUGAUCCUUGCAGGGUCCACAUAGGCUCAUAUGGAGAGAGGUGGUCCUUGAUUAUGUUAGCAGGCUCCAAGGGGUGCUGUGGAUUUAGUUGCCCCAAAAUGACUGUGAUCCCCUCCGUCCACAGAUGGGACCUUAGCAUCCCCUGCCUUUUGCUGUGUAAGCAUAAAAGAGCAGGAAAUGACCAAAGAACCACAUUACUGUUGCAGGGGCAUCAACGGCUAAGCGCUAUGUUGCAACUCUUGCCCGAGUGUACAAUUUUCAAACUGCUGAUAAGCUCUCUGUGCAUCGAAAGGGGAAGAAGCUUUAGUCAGCAGUCUCCUUGAAAUGUUAGAUAUUCUAAAGGGGAUUUUAAAAAAAGUUUAAGCAUGUGAUUUCCCUCCCCCCCCCAUCCUUAUCACUCCCUUGAUUAAAAAAAACCCCACAGUCCCCAUUCCCAGGGGCUAAGGUGGUUGCCCUCUUUCAAAUUCCUUUCAAAUUUGGAUAGUAGUUGAGCCACCCCUCCUUGUAUUAUCAGCUGGGGGAAGCUAGCCAGGGAUUUAGAUUUGGAGCAAUCUAGGGAGGAGGGAGCCCACUGCAUGAGCUCAAGGAGAACCCCAGCGGAUGACAAGCAGCUGAGUGAGUUUGGCAGCAGGGCCAGGAGGCCGGGGCAAUCUACCCUGCACCAUUUGACCUAACAAAUCCCACGCUCCCAAGUAAACGAAAGUCGAUAAACUACAAAAAAAGGUGCUUGGGGGUGGGGCUUGCUCCAAGGAGGCUCGACAGCCGUGUGGCUUAUGGCUGAUGUCUUGCACAACAGGCCACACACCUUUCACCAUUUUCUGCUUGCUUAAAAUCGCCGUUCAGGGACGAUGAGCAUUUCCACAAGCUUACGGCCUCAGAAGGCUGCAGGCAAAACCCCGAAAGUGCUCUGCUACAGCUUGAAAGCUGCAAUCCCAAUUAACAUUCUGCAUCAAAGGCCCAAAACAUGUCAUUUAGGUUUGCUUUUUCAAAACAUCCCAUAAAAAGAAGAGGAGCUGCUUGGACACGCUUUGGUCUUUACACGUGCGCGCACACACACACGCGCGCACACACUUAUACUUGAUGUUUGACGGCCUUGAUCACGAAUGCUUGUGAGACUUCUGGAAGAGCUAAACAUGGUUUUUAUCCUGUUCCUCACAUCUCCCUAUUUUGGGAGUGAAAACACUUUCUUGGAAGAUGCGCCUGUAGAGUUAUCUAAUCUAAUUCACAUAGCGUGCUGCCAGCGUGCAGGUAAUUAGGCUAUUCAGGGCGGACAAUCCUCAUUUCAGCAGAUAAAAGUGAAAUAUCGAGAAUUAUGGGGCAGUAUUCUGGCGGGGAAGAAGGGUUGCCUGGGAAGAAGGGUGCUCAGGCCCUUCCCAGAGGAGAAUAGGGCGGUACAAUGACGACCCUUGUAGCUGGCAGACAAGAUGCAGCCUUGGGUGGCCAGAUCCUGCCACAAAUGCUAGCAGCCCAGUUUUAUGCCCUUUUGUCUGGCCUUCAGCCUGUUGCACCUGAUCUUGGGGCGUUGGAGUUGGCAUGGCUCUGGAGAACGCAGCCUUCGAGUCGGAGUCGGGUGUGAAGAUCUGCAGUUUGGCCCCAGUGGUCGGUACACGUGCAGUUGCAGCCAGAAUCGCCAGGUCCAUCCAAAAAGAAAUGUAUCACGGCUGACCUUUGGGCUUUUGAACGUGCAAAGCCCUUGCAGCUUUGAACUUGGCUGACCCCCCCACCAGCACCCUGUGAGUCAGGCUGCCAUUUCUCUUCACGGUUUUCAGUGAAGCUAGGGGCAAGAGCUUGUGAACCCAAAGGCACCAGGCAAAAAUCAGUGUCUUUCCUGCCUCCUCUAUUCUUUUAAAAAACUGAGUAAUUGUGGUUAUAGCCUGAGGCCAACGGGAAGUUCACCAGAACUCUAUAGGCAAGAUAUGCUUAUAUAUAUAUUUGUUUUGCUGCUGCUACUGGAAUAGCUCUUUCAAAAUUGUGCAACCCAGGCGAUCUCGUAGGAUAUUUGAAGGCGUUUUGGCUUUUCACAGACCCGAGGUGUACCAUGCUUCCUACAAGGGCUCAAUUGCAUAGCCGUCUUUAUAAGAUGUGGCUUUAUUUAGGGGGUCACCUUACCAGCAGAAAAGUGCAUUGGAAAAUGAAACUUUGGUGAUCGUAGCAAUAUGUAACAGAACCCAGAGACCGUCUAGAGUCAGCCGGAACAGCUAAUCCGUGGCCCAGUGAGCGGAAAGUGAUAAAUGUAAUAAACAAAAUCUCCUCUUACAAAAAAGGAAGUUUCAAUACGACACACAGGAGUUUCUGGAUAGGGAAUGAUGUUGAUAUUUGGGGGGCGGGUGGGGUGAGAGUGCUGAUUUGGGGGGUUUUUGGACAGAAAAUGUGCUGGUCUGUAUCUGAAAGCCAUAAAAUGGAAGUGCCUUAGAAAGCAUUGGGGCAAACCCAAGUGAGUUCUAUGCACAGAGUGUUAUGAGAUGUUCUAGAAGGCCCAAGUGACUUUCAUUUUCUCUUCUUCUGCCUGGUUGGGCAGAGCUUAGCCCUUUUAGCAGCUUAAAAUGAUUCGGGUGGAGAUGUGUUGCCUUUGAAGCUCAUGCCACAUUAAAACUUGUUAGUUCCCAAGGUGCCGAAAGAGCAAAAAAUAACAUGUCUGUUAUGGGGGGCUUUGUCAAAAGCCUUACCAAAAAUCAAGAUAAACUACGUCCAUAGCAUCCCCCUGAUCCACCACGAUUGUAACUCUGUCAAAGCUUAUUUAGGAUCGUAAUUUGUCCAGCUUCAGAAGGAGUUAGGAAUGCUGGUUGUAUACUAGUUUAUGUUCUGUGCCUGCGGCUAUGAGGUCAGAUAGUUUUUAAACUAGUCAUGGUUUGAACUAACUGCCUGACAGCCAUAGGCAAAUAGAAAAUCCAGGCAGGUGAGCUAAGAGACCUGGAAUGCUCUUUUCGGAAGGAAAGUCCCUUUCUUUGCAACCAGCAUGAAAAUGCAAAGGUCAGGAGGGAGAGAGUGGCUCCCCUCCUUUUAAAUAGCCCGUUAGGAGGCUAAGAGAUGCCAAAUGGGGAACAUGGAAAUGCAGGUGAAUAGUAGGCUGCAAAUUUGGUUGUCACUAUUGGCAAGUAAACAUUUGUUUGCUGAAUGCUUUUCAAAAAAAAAAAUCAGUGGUGCAUUCUAAGGCUUGUAAAGAUCUGAUUGCACAAGAAUCUAGAAAUCAUUGCUUUUUGUAGCGCUUCAUAACUCCUUUCUAAGAACAUUGAGCGUGAACAAAAGGAGAAGCUAAGAAGCUUUUUGGUUACUCUUAAGAGGGGAAAAUAAAAGGCAGAGGAACAAAACAGAGCCCUGUUUGGCGUACAACAGUUGGUAUUAAAAUGCAAGUUCAAAAAUGCCAAAAGGAAAUAACCUGAUUAACACAUGGGAUGUAUUGCCAAGUAAUGUGGUUGCAAGCCAAGAAUUUAGCAGGGUUUUGAUCAGAUAUGAUUGCAUAAUCAGAUAACAUCCACUCCGGUGUAUUUACAAUGAGGAGCUGUUUCUGAGGGCAUAAGAAGCGGUUGCGUCGGAAGACAAGCCAGGUUGUCUUCAAAGCAAGAGAGCAUUUUUCCGGGGAACGGAAAACAGCAACUGCUUGGCUUUCGGCAGCGCAGCGAAGUUUGCCAAAACGUUUCCCAUUAGAAGUGCAAUGUGCAGGGUGAUGCUGUUUCUCUCGCUUCUCUUCAGGACAUCUUUGUAAGGUAAGGUAGGGCUAUGCCUCUUAAGUAGAUGGAUACCUGUGGGCUGCUUCUUGGUCCGACUUCCCCUAUGCAUGCUUUUAUUUAGGGCGUACAUCGAAAAGGUGACUUGGAAGGAGAGUCAGAGUGGAACCUCUGAGCUACAUAUCCCUGCAGAACUUGGGAUGUGGGGGAAAGUUGCAGGUUGGUGCAUGACAGACAGUCCUGCCCUGCCGCAUAUUGCAACUUUGGAAUUUCUUGUAGCGUUGCAAUUAAUGGAUGGGCCCUUGUCACUUUCUGCUAUACAUUCUCUUGGAAGCGCCUUCGUUUUCUCACGCUCAGCUAUACUUGUAGAAAAAGCCCGAGACUUUGGAAACAAUGGGUUAUACCCAGGUUUAGUCAUAUGAGUUGGCGUGUUGAAAUCCGUGGGACUGAGCAUAGUCAUCCCUGACUUAAAUCCCCUUGAUCUCGGUGGGUCUGCUGUAAGCAUGGUUAAAUCUGGUUUCAACUUGAUUGCUGCAGUCUGGAGGAGUUCACCGAAAGCUUCAAACGCAUGUGUAAGUACUUCUUUAGGGUUUUCUCUGCAGUGAUUCACACACACAAAACCACAGCACUUUGUGUUUUAGAGACCUACUCAGGAAGGUUAAGAGAACUGGUUUGGUUCAGGGAUUGUGACCAGUGAGUCUGGGAGCUUAAGAGUUGCAUUGUAAUAACACAUCUAAGGGUUACCUGUGAUUGUAGGAAAUUUUGGUAUGUGUGCAUACUUUUUUUUUGGGUAAGUUGUUCUGAGCAAAAAAGCAAUUAACAACAACAACAACAACAACGCCAAGGCACUGUUACACACACUACUCUUCCACAGAGAGUGUGACAUUUUAGGGACACAGUGCUUAAGCUAGUUUAGUUUCUUCCGGAGGGAGAGAUAAUGGAAUAAUAGAAUUGCAGAGUUGGGUCCGAGGGCCAUCUAGUCCAAACCCCUGCGAUGCAGGAAUAUUUUGCCCAAGGUGAGGCUCAAAUCCAUGACCCUGAGAUUAUGCUCUGCUGACUGAGCUAUCCCGACUGGAGCUCUAAGGUGCUUCCGUAAUAGUUGCGUUUUUAACAACAAAAAUACAAGCUGAGCAUAGGUGGACGAGGUAGUUUAAUCACUCCCUACAGCAGAUUCACUGCUGCGCUUCAGAAUCCCCACUGAGGCACUUCCCCCACAAGUCCUUUCCAGAACUCAAAGCUAUCUUUUCCCCACCCCUCUCCACUUGCCUCGAGUCUCUAAACUGCAGUUUCUUUGUACAUACCUACUAGGUUCUAUUGUCUCCAGCUAGGAGUUGGGGAAAGGUGAGCCUUAUUCAGAAUAUUCUAUAAAGGUCUUUGUAUUGAGAAAUGGAGACCUCUUGUCCUGGCCCUUAACAUUUAUCUGUUAAUGCUGUGAUGAAGCAUUGCUCCAAGGCAAAAUCCACAAUGUUCAUAGAAUCAUAGAAUUGGAAGAGACCACAAGGGCCAUCGAGUCCAUGGUUGUCAAGCCUCUGCUUAAAGACCUCCAAAGAAGGAGGCUCCACCACACUCCUUGGCAGCAAAUUCCACUGUCGAACAGCUCUUACUGUCAGGAAGUUCUUCCUAAUGUUUAGGUGGAAUCUUCUUUCUUGUAGUUUGGAUCCAUUGCUCCGUGUCCGCUUCUCUGGAGCAGCAGAAAACAACCUUUCUCCCUCCUCUAUGUGACAUCCUUUUAUAUAUUUGAACAUGGCUAUCAUAUCACCCCUUAAUGUUACAUCAUGGUGAUUGGAUGUCAUAACGUUUACCUUUCGAUCUAGGCUUUUAUUACUUGAGAAUUGGUUCGGGGCAGUGCUAGGUGCUGUAUAACUGCACCUGUCCUGCCCUGUUGUACCCAAGAGGGAGGAAACUGAAUCAGUUGCUUGCUGAACCCUGCAUUAAUGUUUGUGCUACCCAUAGUUCCUGUUGCAGCCCAUCUCAUGCACACUACGUGAACAUGAGUUCCCUUGGAAGAGGGGUUGAUAGUUAAACUGCUCUGGGAAUUGUAGCUCUCUGAGCAGAACAGGGGUCUCCUAAUAACCCUCAACAGAUUCCAGUUCCCAGGAUUCUUUGGGGGAACCCAUGACUGUUUAAUGUGGUAUGAUGCUGCUUUAAAUGUAUAGUGCAGAUGGGGCCUGAUUGCUGGUCCAUCUGGCCCAGUAUUGUCUACCUAGCCUUCCCCAACCUGGUGCAUUGGACCACAACUCCCAAUAUUCCCAGCCAGCAGUGUUGCUCGCUGAGGCUUGCUGGGAGUUGUAGUGCAGAACAUCUGGAGGGGAACGGGUCUGGAAUGUUUGCUGGGUUGUGCCUGGCAGUGGCUUUCCAGGGUCUCCAGAGGUCUGCUACUGUGGUCCUCUUGAACUGGAGAGGCCAGGGAUUGAAACUGGGACCUUCUUCACAUACGCCGCAUGUGCUCCACCACUGAUCUGCUGCCCACCCACAUCCAAACCACAAUGCAGUGCUGCCCUUAACUCUUUCACAAUCCCUGCUGCUCAAUUUGGCCACCUGCAAAACAUCCCAGCGGCACAGCUGAGUAUCUGAGUCCACAUGAGGCUUACACUUCUCCCUUCCUGCAAAUCCUCUCCUUUCAUAGCACAGAAAGCAUCUGGAUCUUAGUUCAAAGGUGGCUUUGAAGAUUGGAUUGGUGUAAUGGUUUAAUUUCGUUUGAGGCUGCACUUGUUUCCGCCUGAUCUUUCAAAGCUGCCACGCAGCAGCUGAGAAGCCUGUUCAUCUGCAUGGUGUUUGGUGGCGUCUGCCUUUAAAUUUGCCUUGGAACAGGUGAUACAAAAUUCCUGGAUCUUUUUCUCUGCGCUACAUGUGAACCUGGGUGUGAUUCAGUGCUGGGAGCGCAGUAUCCACAGCCCAUUGCCAAAUGAUGGGUGGUUGUGUGUUGUGGCUCAGCAGCAGAGAACUCUACUCAUAUUUUUCUGCACACCAUCUCUUUAAAAAAGGAAAAAUCAGGGUGAGAGUGCUCCAGCACCUGAGCAGGGAUGCAAACAGCUUGAAAAAUAAAAUGAAAAGGGAAGGAAAAAGUCGUAUGAAACGGUCAGGCAUUUGCCUGUGCCGAGUUGGGGUGGCAUUGCCUGCUGGAGCAAUACACUGGGAGAGAUCUCUGCUUCUAAAAUAAUCAAAAAAGAAAAAUGCAUUUAAAAAAAAAAAAAUACCCGGCAACAAAACUUAAAUUGAUCAUAGAAUGGCAUAUGUGUGAACAAUUGCUUAUCGUAAGCUCCCAAGGAAGAACUUAUCUGUGCUUAACUUCUGGGAUUUUCUGCUGCAAGGUGUCAGGAUCAGCCACCAGCUAAGAUGGCUUUGGGGAAAAGGUUGGGAUAAAUCAUGGAGGAUAAGUCUAUUAGCAGUUGUCACUCAUGUAAGUUCAGUGCUCAAGAGGCGGUAUACUGCUAAGUCCGUGGUUCUCAAACUUUUUUUCUCUGGGCUGCACUUUCAGAAUGAAAAAUUGCAUGUGCCACACUGAUUUCUUAAUUGAUAAGAAAUACGCUGGAAAACACAACUAGGACUGUCCUCAGUAUCAUUUGAUGCUCUUGCUCUCAUUUUGAAAAAAAUACCUUUCCAUAUUCUCUAAUUAUAUUUUUUAUACUAUGCUAUGCUAUACUAUACUAUAACAAUAACAAUAACAAUAACAAUAAUAAUAUUCCCCAGCCACUCUGGGCGGCUUCCAACAAAAUAUUAAAAUACAGUAAUGCGUCAAACAUUAAAAGCUUCCCUAAACAGGGCUGCCUUCAGAUGUCUUCUAAAAGUCUGGUAGUUGUUGUUCUCUUUGACAUCUGGUGGGAGGGCGUUCUACAGGGCGGGUGCCACCACCGAGAAGGCCCUCUGCAUGAUUCCCUGUAACCUCGCAGUGAGGGAACUGCCAGAAGGCCCUCGGUGCUGGACCUCAGUGCUGGACCUCAUACUGAAAUGUUUAAAUGUUCUGUAGAUUGUCCUUGAAUCUCCCCCCACCCCCGCACUUGCCAUCCUCUCCUGCCACACCAGUGUGGUGCACCACACCCGUUGAGAACCAUUGCCCUAAGUGCUAUACAGAAUCAUAGAACGCGGGAAUCUCAACUAGAUCAUCAGUGACAGAUGGCCACCCAACCUCUGCUUAAAAACCUCCAAGGAAUGGGAGUCCACAACCUUCCGAGGGAGUCUGUUCCACUGUUGAGCAGCUCUUAAUGUCAGAAAGUUCUUCCUGAUGUUGAGUCAGAAUCUCCUGUCUUGUAACUUGAAGCCAUUGGUUCAGGUCCUACCCUCCAGAGCAGGAGAAAACAAGCUUUGUUCCAUCUUCUAUAUGACAGCCCUUGAGAUAUUUGAAGAUGGCUCUCAUAUCUCCUCUCAGUCUCAUCUUUUCCAUGCUAAACCUACCCAACUCCUUCAACCAUUCCUCAUAAGGCUUGGUUUCCAGCCCCUUGACCAUCUUGGUUGCCCUCCUCUGCACAUGUUCCAGCUUGUCAACUUCCUUCUUAAAUUGUUGACAAUGUUGGGAGCCAGCAACAGGGCAGAGCUUCUAGGUGGCAUCUGCCCAGCUUCGGUUGUAAAUCCAAAUCUGGAUUUGAUGGAACUUUGCUGCAACCCAGCAGGACUCUUCUAAUGUUCUUAGCACUCUUGGAAUACGUGCCUGGGAGACUUUGGGCUCUGCACGCUCUCCUGAAUAGCGUUGGAUGCGCUGACUGGCCUGGGAAAAGGAAUGGCACAUUCCCGGUAAAUAUUGUGAUUAGAGCGCUGGGAAAACGUGAUCUCCAGCAGUUCUGAAGAAAGUGUUCCGUGCGACAGCUGUGUGUGUAUUGGCACCUGCCGUUUCCUCUCGCUGGUUUCCAGACCCUGAGCAUCUUGUGGACUCCACCCGCCUCGCUUCUUCCUCACACCCAGCUGAUUUCACAUUUGUCCCUGCCUUUUAUUUUCAGCUGAGUCACAAUGUUGAGCAGCAACAUUUUAAAAUUUAAAUGACUGCGCAAACAAGCAGCACAAUUCAGCAUCGCUGAGCUAAGCAGUUUUGGAUGCUGCUGUUUUUUAAAAAAGGCUUCACUUGAGAAUUUCUGCCAGCCCGCCCCAAAACCAGCCUGUGGAAAAGGCCGGUCUUUGACUCCCUCUCCUUUCUCCCUGGGGUGACGCUGGCAAAGGAAAGAGUGUCCUGUCACAGCCCUGCGGUCCCUUUGCGGGUAACCUUUCAUUUUCCUAGAGAAGGUUAUGAAGGAUGACGAAAAGUCCUUUUAUAGACUGGCAGACUUUGCUUCCUCCCGAGUCUUUAAAAAAGAGAGAGCAAAAUGUCCAACUGGAAAGACUUCGUUCAUGUGCAAAUUUCCCUUCCCUUUUAAGAAAUAAUAAGGAAGUUGACCCCGGGGAAAGUCGCCCAUUCUCUUUUAGGUCAGCGUUUCUACGGUUUGCUGCUCAAAACAAGGCCGGUCAGAAUGGUUGGCCAGUAAGACGCCAAAGAAAUGGCCACCACAUUCAUUGAGAGCCAAUUUGCUCCAGUGUUCCUUCCUUUGAAACACGACUUUAUAAAUAAUGCAUUAUAGACUAGUGGGUGUUUUCAGACCUCAGACGACCCGGUGUGUUGAACAGGGGUAGCCAAUGCAAUGUCCUCCGAAAGCUCCCAUCAGUCCCACUCAACAUGGCCAAUCAUCUGGGAUGCUAGGAGUUGAAGUCCAUAACAACUGGGGAGGACUACACUGGCCACCCCUCCUGCAGAAUGAGUUAUCCUCUUAUUUUGGUCUCCUUCUCCCUCUGUGCAUUUCACCCCCUCUUCUGCUCACUCCUGUCUUUAUCCUUCUCUUUGAAAUGACUUAAACAAAGGAAAACGGUGAUGGCAUCAACCUUUCAUUAGGUCCCGACUCACCAGUUGCUGAUCCAUGGAGUUGAUGGGUGGAAGUCAGUGUUGCGCUAAAGCGGUUGUUCUAUCAGUGUGAGCAUUUCUGCUUAUCAGACUGAGUCAUCUCCCGUCUCCUCCCCACUGUGCCCUCUUCCAGGGCAUCUCCCCACCUAAGCAGAUUUGGGGAGGAUGCAAGGGUUGCAGGGGAUAAAGAACAGGGGAGAAAGCCCUAUUGCACUAGCCAGACUUAGUUACACUCUUCUAUUAGCUCAGCAACUUAGCUGAACCCAGCCCGGCACUUUUUAAACAUUUCCCUAGACUUCCAAAUAUGACGUGUUUCACCCAUGUUACCAUAGAGUUGGAUAAAGGAACUCAAAGAGAGCGCCCCCUAGUUUGGCUCCCUGCCAGUGCAGGAGGGCCACUGCUGCAACAUCCUUCCCCUCUUGCUGAAGAGAUUGCACAUAGGGAGCUGUAUCCAACUAAGCUACUCUCAGAGUAGACCCAUUUAAAUUAAUGGACCGAAGUUCACUGUGCCCAUUAUUUUCAGUGGGUCUACUCUGAGCAGGACAGACAGUGGAGACAAGCCGUGUCUGCUCCUCUGCUUUUGCCUGAGCUGAUCUCUCCAGUUCUGUUUCCUUUUCUUACUACGGCCCCCUUUUUCUUUUGGAUUUCGACUGCAGCUCCUGCCUCUUUCUCUCGUCUUCCUAAUCCCCAGCUGGACUGGAUAAUGAGCUCCACUUUUGCUGCUAAGUGACCAGACCCUGAACCCAGUUGUUGGCCCUCAUAUGUGCUGCUUUGCUGGAGGUUACUCUAACUUGGGCCACUUACAUACCGUCGUUUUCUGAGAUCUGAGGGCCCUUGUAGAGCAUGCCCAGCGACAGGAGGCGGGGGGUUAUUUGAGUUCUCCAAAGACAUGAUUCAUGCCUCUUUACCUGGCAGAACAUGCCUUAAUUUGAGUGUUUGGAGGCUUCUGCCUGUUCUGAGUAGUGUUUUUGGAAGUGCCCCUUGGCAGGUAAUAUGCUCUGCCCAUAUGGUAGCAAUCAAUUCCACCCUCGUAGUCGGAAGCGUUCAGACCAUAUGCCAACGCGCUUGGUGGCUUGUUAAAUAAACUUCUGCUUGUCAACAACUUUGCUGGGGUUUUGUGUGUGUCUGCGUGCGCUGGAAUUGAAAGUGGCCUUGUGGUGAUUUGGCCAGCUAGGAACAAGUUCGUUUUGCCCCAGGGGCAUGGCACCAGUGAAACUAGGUGGAGAGCAGUGGUGGGAAUCUGCAAGGCUUUGAUCAGCAUUUAUAUUAAUAGUUCUUCAGCCCAGAAAUUAUUCAUUUCCUCUCUCCCUUGCUCCUUUCAAGUAGUGAGUGCUGGUGGGAGAAGCUGCCUGUGUGGUGCCCGGUGCCAGGGGCUGGCAGAGUUGGGCAUCUGUCGGGACCUCCCCCAGCAGUUAAGGGGCCCACUCCCCAAGAGCAUUCUUGAUUCUUGCGUUCUUGAUUCUCGCUUGACUCUAGGCCCAGUCUGGCUAAGCCCCACAUGUGAGGUGCGUCUCCAAAUCCUCUUUGUGUUCUUCGAGAGAACACUGGGGGCACUCUCUGAGUUUGCAUGUGCCUCUAGGCUCUGCCACAUCUGGGCUGCUUAUGGGGCCCUCUCGAGCAGAGAUGCCCAAAGGCUUCCUAGAAGCUGACGCCAUCCCUGGCUGAUGAGCUUAUUAUUCUGUAUUGGGUGGGAGUCAAGACCGUACAGGGUGCUUUACCGCAGACAAGACAAAUAGAGCCCCGCCCUGACAAGCUUACAGUCUGAAUUUCAACAUCCUGUGUCUGAAUGUUCCAGGCUGGGAAACAUUCAAACAUCAAUUAAAACAGCAGGAAAACAGAUAAGCAGAUAAAGCUCCUGAUAUUUAUAUAAACAGCCUGUUAUUUUUUACCGGCUCUUUUUUAUCUGUGUUUAUAUUGCCUGUGUUUUUGGUUUUAGAAUUUUAUGAUUGCAUUCCACCCUGAUAUCAUGUAUUGAUGAAAGGUGGCUUUAAAACAUUGUCAAUAAAUGAAAACAUUAAAAAAAUUAACCGGCACAUCAGCUGUAACAUAAUAUUUCAUCCCAGCUGUUAUUUAUUUCAUGCCCGAUUCACUUUUCCUGUGAUCGUGCUGGUCUGCCUCAAAAAAUCAUUCGUAAAGACAUUUCCUCGUCGGGAUGUGUUUAUUAAACAGUUUUACAUCCUGCCAUUUCCACCACUUAGGCCUUUGAGGCGGCUCAAUGAAGUUGCUUACUGUCUCAGUGGUGGGACUUCCACAUGUAGCUCUUAUCAGUGCUAGAAAUUCCCCAGGCGCCAGGCGCGUUUUGCAACUGGCACUGGUCCAAUUGUGACCACGUGGAGAUACCUGUAUGGCAAGCUGGCAACUGGCAUCUCCAUCUGGCUGGCCCAUCCAUCCUUCUUAAGCAGGUAAGCAGAAGAGCUUAUUUAUUGCAUUCAUAUCUCACCCUUUGCCCCAGGGAACAGUGGCUCACUCCCCUCCUCAGUUAAUCCCUACAACGACCCUGCGAAGUAGCUUCAGAGGCCGUGACUGGCCCAAGGUCGCCCAGUGAGCAUCCUGACGGAGUGGGGAUUCGAACCCUGAUCUCCCAGGUCCUGGUCCGACACUCUUAACCACUACACCACCCUGCUUUCUUAGAGUAAUUCUGCUAUGGGGUAGCUCUAUAAAUUGAGUAUGUAGGUCACUAUGGGGAAAACAAAUUGUCACAUAGAGAAGGAUCUGAAAUGUUUUCCUUGAAGCUUGAAUUUGUUCUGGAUUGUUUGCUCUGCCCCUGCCAGCCGCUUGCAGGAUCCCACGUCCUGCAGAAGGUUGUUGAGAAGGGAAUGCAGCUCUUGGGCUGAACGGUUUUCCCCGCCCCUGCCUGAAAGCAUCUGGAAAACUUGUCCUUGUGGGUUGUGUCGGUGCAGUUGCAUCCUCCGCAAUGGACUGCUUGUCCCUCUUAAACAGCCAGGGUUGAAAGUCAAAAGCAUCGGAUCUACAACGCAAAACAAUUUCAGUUCACAGAAGCUUCCCUUGCCCUUUUCACACUUUGUGGUUCCCGACGGCCACCCUGCCAGCAUCUUCUCUUCCUCAGCAUUCCUCACAUUCUGCAACCUGCUCUGAAAUGUUGACUUUUCCAACUUUCAAAUUUCCCCUAAUGUGGGGCGCUAAAAAGUUGUAACAGGACUUGGGGAGUUCAAAAGAUAUUUCGGUUAGAUUAAUAUAGUUUGGUUUUGCUUGGCAAGUGUGAUGCGUGUAAAAUUGCAUAGAAAUCAUUAAGAAUGAUUGCAAAGUAACUUCCGGGGUGGCGCCAUCGGCAAUGGUGGACUCCCUCUGAACUGGAGGGACUAGCUCCGCGCGAAACGGGUCUUUUCCGCUACGGCGAAGCAGGGACCCUUUUAAAAAUCACAGGCGGAUGAAGCCUGUGACCAUGGGACUCGGCAGGCACCCUUAGCGCCCCCCAACCCCCAAAGGAACCCACUAACGGGCUCCGAAGCGAAGAGGGGGAAGUGGCGCGGUGCUGUGAGUCGACUGCUAUUUCCGUGGAGCGAAGCCGCAUAGCCGUUGCUGGAGAGCGCUGCCUUUUUCCUGGGACAAUUUGGCUUCUAAAAUAAGCACCCGUGAGUACUUAAACUUGGAAUAAUUGGACUUUAAAUAAGGACAUGCGAGCAGAAAGGAAUUGGACUUAAAAAUUUACUUCAAUUUGGUACUGAAACGGGAAGGUCUAAACAGGAAGUCAGCCUUCCAUUUCUUUGUAGACAGAAUAAAGCAAAGACAACGUAAGCUAGAGCCCAGAAAAUCGCCUCUAAAGGAUUGGCUUUCAUCAUUUAAAACUGCUGGACCCCCCUUCAGCAGCAGGAGAAGAAGGGGGAUCUUUUUUGGACUGUUUAAACCUGCAGAAGUGAGUUUAAAGUAAAGUAACUUUCCACCGUCCUGAUCCUGGAGAGGGUGUCAGGACUGACGUUUGAAGCUCAUUGACCAGAGACAAACGCUUUUGACAGAUAGCUAAAAGAAGAGAAACAUAGUGAUUCCAUUGUUUCACACCUUAAAGGAACAAAUAUUGACAAAACAUCUGAAAAAGGAAACUCUGUUGCUAGACUUGUCUUUAAAAGAAAGAUCAAAUAGAAGUUUUCCCCCUAGAGGGAGACUGUGAAACUGUAACCAACUCCGGGGAGCUGGCAGCUGUUACAGAUUACAGUCGUGGGAAUAGACAUCUGACCUUGCAGGACAAUGUAUUCAGAAGCUCUGUUGUGUGCUUUCUAUAAAACAAAUGCCCUACUGGAACAGCUACAUGAGAAGACGAAUUUGAUGGCUGAUUCGAUUAGAAAUUUGGAACAGUCGGCGGGAAAUUUGGAACAGGCAGUGGGAAAAUAUGUGGAGCCCACCCAGGAAUUAAAUCAGGAGUGUGCCCUGACAGAACAGGCCCAACAGGAAUAUGAGCUUUCGGAUUUGACAAAUGAACUUGGAAAAAGCCAGAUUUGGAAAGGAAAAGUUUGGUUUGGUUUGGAAAUGGGGGGUUGGAUAGACCCCCCUAUGCAGGGAUGUUUGGACUUUUCAAGUCUGGCAAUGGGCCGUGAGAUGUUUGGGAUUGUGGGGGCUCUCAAUUUUGAAACAUGUUUUUAAAUACCACAUGGAAUUUAGUGUCGAUUAUGGAAAAGGGGCUGAUCUGUUGAGAAGGGUCAAAAAUAUUGCUAAGCUGGAGUUCCCACGAGUGAAACGAGCAGGAGACAAGGGAAAAUACAGUUACAAAUAUGAAGAAGAGCUGCGGAAGGGACAUGGAAGAGACUUAAGGGCCUCAGAUAUAAGGUUACCAGGUUAAUGCGCUAGAUCGAUGGGAUAAUAAGGACUGACAAAACCCGGGACCAGGAGGAAGGGACGCUGGAUGAAGAUUGGAUUUUUUUUUAUUUCUUUUUUUUACUACUAGGACUGUUUUAUAAAAUUGAUGAAUGUUAGAAAAAUGUUGGAAUGAAAUUACUUGGCUUUAGUGAAAAUGUUUAAGGAAUUAUGUAAGAAUAUUAUGGCUAUGAGAAGUUGGUAAAAAUAAGAUUUAAGUUUUAAGUUUCAAGGUUUUUUAUAGUAAGAUAAGAUUAAAAUAGUUUAAGGUAAUGCAAUGACAGAAUAUUAUGAAAUAUGGAAAGGAUUUGCUGUGACAACUAACAACCAGGACACAAAAAAGGGAGGAGGAGGAGGUCAAAGAAAGAAGGUAAUGACAGUUGAGGAGUUGAGAAUAAUGGAUUUGUUUUUAAAUCUUUUUAAAUGUUUGUGGUGUAUUUUUGUUUUUUUUCCUUAUUUUGAAUUUGUAUUUGUAUUGUUGGAGGUGGUUUGUUUUUCUCUUUUUCUACCUUGUUUUCUUUUGUAACUUAAAAAAAAUAAAUCCCCCCCCAAUAAAUAUCAUUAAAAAAAAAAAGAAUGAUUGCAAAGUAUUUGCAGUUAUGUAUGUAUGUGUGUUUGUUUAUCAACCAACCAAGCAAUCAAUUAAUCAUUACAUGACAUUUUCUGAAGGUAACAUUAAAACUGUUUGGUUUUCUGAAAGAGGUUUAUGUGCUUCUUCAUGAAAGAUAGACUUACUAAGCUAAGAUAGACUUACAAAAAAAUAACAGCAGAUUUUAAUUCCUUGCACCCAAAAACAUAUUUUUAAGACCCUUCAUUUAAGAAAUAUGCAAAAAUUAAGCUUCGCCCCUUAAAAUGAUGCACCAUACUGCAGCACAGUCCAAGGGGAUGGACUUUCAGGAUUCUUUGAUUCUCUUAUUUUAAUAUGCACCUGUCCCUGACUCAGUAUGUAUAUUUUAGAUAGGAUCUAAGCCGCCCGAGGUUCCUUGCCAUGAAUUCGUUUGGUACCCAGGGGUAGGUCAGUAUCGCUCAUCCUUAGUAUUAAUGACUUACAUUACAAGGUUGUCACAAAGGUGGCUACUGUGAAGCAUUUGAGAGUAAACUUGCACCUUAAAAAUGCAGCUAUAUGGUCAUGGUCUUGCAAACACGUGUGCAAAUUUUAGGAAGAGGUGCUAAAGGAAAUUUCUGAAACAGUAGCCCUUUAGAACCCAAACUGUGACAGUUUUGGAUGCAUCAAAGACAGACUUAACAUGUAAACCACUCAUUGUUUUGCUAGCUGCUCGUUUGACCAUAUCACAGGGCUGGGACAAGUCAUUGGGCUUUUCUCAUUUGGUUCAACGUGGUAGCGUUUGUUUUUAUUUCUGAGAAAUUUACUCAUAAACUAAGGGUAUCUCGGGGUGCAAAAUCCAUAGGGUUUUGCAGCCAUUUGUUACUUAUAUAACAGGCCAAUCAGGAAUGGCAAGUGAUGAAAUACGGCUUUAUAUGGCAUUCACAACCCUUGUUCGGCGCUCUUUCUGUAUCAGGCCAGUUUUUGUUGUAACAUCUAAUUCAUUGUGUAGUCUCUUGAGAAUGACUUUGUUUUUAUGAGGUAACGGCUGUGAAACUUGUGUGUCCCCCCCUUCCCUUUAUUUCAUUUCAUAUUUCUUUUACUAUUAUUUUAACUUUGCAGUAAAGUUUUGAAAACUAAUAAAACCCUACAUAGAACAAUUCUGGCUGACACGUUCAGUGCGACAAGAGUCGCAGCCUGCAGCAGUUCAGAACAGCAGGUGUCUGGGAUUCACCCAGGAUUCCUUUGUGGAAUGCCGAUUAACCCGGGAAAAGGGACAUUGCACAAAAUGUUUUAUUUGUCGUUCCUGGAGGUUUGAGGGCGGCCUUCAGAAGGAGGGAGAGGCAGGGCAGGAUCCUGCACGUCUCUCUGUGUUUCUCUUGCCCACUGGUGAGAGCACACGGCGUUCUCUUCCAGGCAGUGUGCUGUUUGCCUAAAGAGACAACCUGCGAUUUAAGUCCAGUGAGUUGAUAAUGGCUUAGUACAUUCCCAUCCUGCCUUUCUUUCAUCGCAGAGCUCCAGGCUGUUAUAUGGGGUUCCCACGGCAGUCAUCUACCCAGGCGCUGGCCAGAUCCAGAACUGUUUGCCUUCUGCAAACCGGCUGCAUAAAGCGCCAAGAUUUCAUCACUCCUAAGAGCUUUUCCCCCCAAAGAGAAUGCCAGACAGGGUGGACUGUGCUGCUCUUGGGCUAACUUGCCUAAGCAGGAUGCGCGUGUGUCAUAUUUGUAGAGCUCGCUCUGUAUGUUUGUGUUCUGCAUUUGGGCGGAUGAAACCUGAACAGAAGUGGUGUGAGCUGGCUGGAAGGGCAACCCCCCCCCGCCCCUUUACAGGUCAAAAAUGCCAUGCUUCACUUUGGUAGCCCUUCCCAACUGCAAGAUUUGGAGCAGGCAACAGGCCACUGUUAGCUUAAAAAGCCCCUGGAAAAAAAUAGAAGCACGGACCCUGAAUUGGCCUUGGUGCUGGAGCCAUGUCAAUUCUGCAGUUCUGCAGUUUCAGCAUGAGCGUGGAAAUAAGCACCAAGCUCCCCAAGAAUUGACUUCCAUUCUGGGAAAUGAAAUAGAACACAUUGGUAUGGAAAGCUUCCUUAUACGGAAUCAGACUGUUAAGGAGGCAUUUUCAUCCCUUGGCCUUUCUCCGCACCCCCUUCUUCGAAAACACCUCCUCUCCCCAGCCAAACCCUUGGGUUGAUUGUCAGGAAAUGCUUGGGGGCUAGUUGGGCAACUUCUUCUGCUUUUUCCUUUCCUGGUGGUCUUCUCAAGUUUCCAGGUGGCCUUAUAGGAAUCAUCAGAUAGGAUUGAGAGUCGGAUGCGACUUUGAACUCACUUCGGGCUGGACUCCUGCCUAUCUGUUAGUAAUGGAGCUGAUAGCAUUGUCUCUGAGUACCGACUAAUCUAAUCAUAGUGGAAUAGAAUUUCUCCAGGCCACACUGGGACUUUUAGCAAGUUGGGAAAUGGCUACAAAACUUGCUAGCCCCCCUCCCUAAUUAUAUUUGUCAUUUGUGGCACAUGGAAUGCCUAGGUGGUGAGAGGGGAGAAAAAGAACCAACUUUCUUGCAGUUUGCUGAAAGUUCCCUACUUGGUUUCCUGGAGGUGAUUCCUACUUGCUGCAGGUAACCAGACGAGUGGCUGAUUUGCAAGUUCAUUAAGGUAAAGGUAAAGGGACCCCUGAGCAUUGGGUCCAGUCGCGGACGACUCUGGAGUUGUGGCGCUCAUCUCGCUUUAUUGGCUGAGGGGGCCGGCGUACAGCAUGUGGCCAGCAUGACUAAGCCGCUUCUGGCGAACCAGAGCAGUGCACAGAAACACCGUUUACCUUCCCACCGGAGCGGUACCUAUUUAUCUACUUGCACUUUGACGUGCUUUUGAACUGCUAGGUUGGCAGGAGCUGGGGCCAAACAACGGGAGCUCACCCUGUUGUGGGGAUUCGAACUGCCGACCUUCUGAUCGGCAAGCCCUAGUUCAUUAUAGACCCAUUAUUUAUUGAAAGCCCCUUUCUACAGUUUCAUGCUAACCCGCAGAACUAGUUGUGUGGAAAAUAACCAGUGUGGGUGUACCUUGUACGUGCUGGGCACCCUGAAAACAUUUUAAAUGUCUCUCAAAAUGUGAGUCCUCAGCUAUCGCUUUAAACAACAAUAUUACAUUUUAACGCAACCUGAUACGCCUUCAGUUUGUUUUGAAGCCAAGCCUCACCAUAGUUUUUUCUGCAGUGUGAUGCUGAUAUUGGAAGAGCUCGCUGGUCCAAGCUUUCAAAUUCUUCCUUUGGCUUCUGAUGGUACUUAUGCAACAACUUCUUUUUAGGGUUCUUUUGAUGUCAGCAUCUCAUUGUGGCAUUCACGGAUGUCUUGGGCAAGCAGAGCUUGUCUCACUGAUUGAAUUGGCCCUUGAUGUUCUCCGUGCAAUGCUUGUAUUGAUCGCCUCAUUCCAUUACUUUCCAGCUUUGUUGGCUAAAGAUGGGUGAGAUGAAGCAGGCUGUGAAAACACCGCCUUUAAAAACAACCCAAAUCUGUCGCAUUUGGUUGAUACAGGAAAUUGCACAAAUGGCAUUUCAGAAGUGUUGAUGUGUUUGCCAGCCGUGGUCUGGUUUCCUUUUUUAUAUUUGUGUAGCUUUUGAAAAAUUUGUACAAACAGGUGGGGGCCAAUGAAAAAACAGCAGAGGGUAGAGAGGAAGGGGAAAGAAAACAUUUUCUUAACACCUCUCUGCUUUUGCCUUUGCACCUCACACCUGGGAGGCAGACUCUUUGGCUCUUCUUUUCUGUCUUCCGCAAGCUUCCUGUCUCGAGCAACUUUCAACAUCCACAUGGGAUGUCUGUAAGACGUUACUUAGAAUGAUAGAAUUGUAGAGUCCGAGGGUCAUCUAGGCCAACUCCCAGUGUCUAGCCCUGCAGCCUUUAUUCAGCUGACAUGUCUCUGGGAUCUUUUCAUAUUGCCUGCAACUUUUCCCCAGGCCUCAGCCUGCCCUGACACAACUCCUCCUGCGAUAUCUUUGUCCCAGCGAAACCGACAACUUCCUCUUCCCCCACAGAAGAUGACCGCAGACAUUCUCACAGCUUGGCCCCUUGAGUUGCUGCAAUCUUGGGAGGCAAAAUGCUGUGCCCUUUUAGGUGUUUUCUCCAUUCGGAGUUGCAGUCUUUGCCGCUGCAUGUGCAAUAAUACUACAUGGAUCUGCAAGAACUAGUUGGGCUACCAAUAGCCCAAGACCAGAAAGCAACAACAAUUCCCCUUCAUCUCAGGACUCAUCAGGCAAGGAGGAUCUUGUAUCUUUGCAGCACCUCAGAUAAGCAACAACUGGGUGGGAUUUUAGAUGGGCAUGCUAUUCCAGGUUUCAGCUCAGAAUUCUCUGCUACUGUGUGGCUCUUUAUGCACUCAUAAGCGUGGCACACUGUGUAAUUUGAACUUGAAAUGCUCCUGGCUCCAAGGCCCUAUCAUCAACUUAGCUUACAUGCCACUUAACUUGUUUUAGAAGUUCAGACCUUUUUUUGGCACUGUGUCCUCAAUUGUCUUUCCUGUGGAUUUGCACAGCGAUCGAGGAAAGGGUUGUGUCUAACCAACGGACUCUUCCCUGUCUGGAUCAGAGAGUGGGGUGGGGUGGGGUGGGGUAUGGGCAUCUUCUCUGUAGUUAUGGCCUGCCAAUUUUCCCUCUGGGGUUUUUUUUUUGGGGGGGGGGAUUUCAAGCCGGCAUCAUCACAGCAGGGGGUUUAGUGGGUGCUGGGCUGUUCAUGGGUAGUGAUAAAUUGUCUGCAUUUGCUGCCUGCUUGAAAGCCUGGAAGAGAAGGGCACAUGUCUCAUGAGCUGCCUUUGGCUCUGGUGGGUGGGUGUGGCUGCCCCCCCCAGUCCUCUUCACCCAACUGUUUGGCCCUCCUGGAGGCAGGGAGGGCUGUUAAAAGAAUUUCCUGCAAGGUCCCUGGUUCAUAAUUUCUCUUCUGGACUCUGAAAUAUUUCUGUGUGUUUCCCUUGUGACAAUGAGGUCCUCUCCACCUGCUGCCUACAGCUUAGCACUGAUAGAUUCUCAGCUGCAAAGCUUCGUGUGAAGAGGCUGUGUGUUUUCAUAUUUAGCUUCCUUGCUCUUUUCCAACCAGGUCAGCUGCCAUGCCCCUUAUCUUUAUGCCCCGAAGCUUAUGUUUUGCGGUUGCCGGAGAGGCAGAAGGAAGGCUGAAUCAUUCCUUUGCUCUGCAGGUUUUUCACAGAAUGUGUGUGUGUGGCGUCUGGGUUUUCCUCUACCGCAAGAUUGGCACCUCGGGAGGGUCUAUAUGUCUAUAAAAAGACAUGCAAGGGCAAAAAUGCAUGUGAAUUUUCUGAAAAUAUCAUCUUUGAUGACUGGGUGGAUGCUUUUCUAUUCACCAAGCCUUUCAUUCCCGCAGAAUCAGAGGCAUUUAUAUUCCAGGCCGGUCUUGCUUUCCUUUCAGUAUCUCCCAUUGAGAAGGUUUGGCUCUUGUUUCAGGAUCCUCGAGUCCUGGGACGCCAGUGUUUCUCCAGAAUUUAUUGCUGGAACAGGGAGAUUGAAAAGCGACCUGAAGGGAAGGGAAAAGAGGGAGAUAGGAAGAGAAAAUUGCCAGCCUAAUGCUCCGAAACUACUUUGUGUCCCCUUUCUUGGCAGGUUCCUUAGAAAGAGAGCUUGGACGGCAUGCAAAGUAGUGAAAUAUCUGCAGACAGCACUGAUGAUCCUCUUAGUAGUGGCCUACGGAGAAAGCGACAGCCGCGAAUAGUAGUUAUCGGUGCCGGGCUCGCGGGCCUCUCUGCGACAAAAACCCUCCUGGAGAAUGGUUUCACGGAUGUGACUGUCCUCGAAGCGUCUGACCGAAUUGGAGGCAGGAUACAAAGCGUGAAGCUCGGUAAGGGAAUCAUUUCCUUGCAAAGUGGCUUCCGGUUCUUGACCGGCCUUUGCAUAAUCACCGUAAGAACAGGACUCAACGUUAAGGUCCGUUUAGCCCUUGUGACCUGUUUCUCAUGAUGGUCAGUCUCUGGGAAUCUCACAGGCAACUGAGCAUGACAGCCAAGAGCCCCCCUCCAUGGUGUGUGCCCCUUGCACUUAGGUUUAGUGCCUCUGGACCUAGGGGCAUUGAGCUAUUGUCAUUCUCCCUAUUUAUGAUUGUCAGAAGUUUGUGCCGUUCCUUAUGUAGCCAGAAAUGGCACUAUCCAUGUAUGAGAGGGAGGAAUUAGCAGGCAAGGCUUGUGGGGAAACCCCAAAGUAGGCAGAAGUACAAAAACAUCUUUAGGAGAAGACAGUAUUGAAGCGGUGGAGGUUCAAAAAUAACCCAAAGAGGAGGACCGAGUGAGUUCAGGGGCUGUAGAAUGCUGUGGGGAUAGGGGUGGCGGGAACAUAAUGGAGUGUCCCGGAGGAGGUGCUGGCUGGCUGGCUAGAAUGAAACCCCCUACGUUAUGUUUAAUGUCAUGCUUGUUACAGCUGAUCGAUGUGUCCUCCGUGAAUUUGUCCAGUCCGAACAGUGUAGGAAGAUUCUCCCUCUUUUCCUAGCAAAACAGAUAAAUACUACUCAGAGUGUUUUAUUAGAGGGUGGGGUCCUUUAUGCCCAGUUCACAGGGCUCUGCAAACUAUCCCAGGAUUUACCAUGGCCUCGUGCCUUUUCCAUUUCAUUUUGCUUCAAAAAAAAAAGUUCCUUCGCUCGUCUCGGCGCACGGGGAUCAUUGUAGUUGUUAUCUCAAAUGCUCUUUGUUUUCACACGUGGGUUUUUGAGCUGUACUUGCUGCAGCCGGCUUGGCAUGCAAAUCUAAAGCCGUACCAUUGGCCAGAAUGGCGACGCGCAGCGUAAACUCCCCCCCACUCCUUCCGCAUUUGUGUCCCUAUAAAUUGCACGCAUUCCAGAGGGGAGCGGUGUUGAGUCUGUUACAGCAAAAACAAAGGAGCCUUGUGACUGCUUAAAGGCUUAUCUGAUCUGUGGCGGCAGAACCUUUCCCGGGCUGAAACCCACAUCAUCAGAUGUGUGAAGCGUUGCUCUCUGGUGGCAGAGAAAUAUUCCUGAGCUUUGGGGAGAGAGAUCACAGACUAUCUCUUUCAUUUUAUGGGCUGUUCACACUCUCCUCCAUCUCUGUCCGUGUGUAGGGAUCGAUCUGCAGGCUGAGGAUAAUAUUUUGUGCUUGUUCCAUAACACACCUGCCAGCCUCCUUUUAUUUGGCUGGCUAUCCGGAAGGGCUAACAGAGACCUAUCUAGCAUCCUUAGGGUUCAGUGAUUAGCACCUGAGUGCCAAAGGUCCCAGGUUCCGUCCCUGGAAGCUCCAAGUAGGGAUGAAAAAGAUUUCUCUAUGAAACCUUUGAGCAGCGCUGCCUGUCAGUGCAGGGCGGGGAACACAGGGGCCAAAUGUGCCCCUUCACUUGGCCCUUGGGACGCUCCCUUCACCUCCUCAGCUGUGCCCCACAUUCCCAACCCUCACCAGCUGACCGGAGCAAACUUGCGGUAAAUCACACCGAGAAAGCUGGAGUGAACUAUUAGCAAAACAGGAUCUGCAUAAUGACCACAGCAACUCAGAUGGUGCCCCAUGAAGCCAUUGCUGAGACUAUAGGUCCCGGCCUCCCCACAGCCGGCUAUGUCUCCUCCUCUCCAGGGUUUCCUCCCCCCCCAUGUAAUCUAAGACUGCGCCUGUGUGUCUGUGUUUGCUCCUCCCUCUUCAUGCCUCUCCUGGUUCUUGGAGGCCAGCAGGAAGGGGAGCUUGUUGCAGCAGGAAGGGGAAAUUAAAAGCCUGACCCAUUUUUGGCCUCCCUGUUCUCCUGCUUCAGCCUCUGAUUCUGGGCUUUUCUCUGCCACAGACUCUCCUUGCUCACUAAGCCCUGUUAUCUCUUUGGCUUCCGGCUCCUCCUCUUCCCGCUUUCCCCCUCCGACCACUCAUUGUUGUCCCACCACCAAUCCCCAGGCUCAGAGCCUUUGUGCCUUGGGGGUUCCCCAGCUGCUGCCUCCCACCAUUCCUCUGCAUCCAUGAUGCCAGCUAUAUUCUGCAUCCUCCUUGAGUGUCGUUGCCCAGCUGAAAUGUGUCCUUAAACACUUAGCUAUGCUUGUCUUGCUUGUCUGAAGGAAGGAUAGAGAGGAGUCGUGAGGAUGGGUGAAACUUUGCUGUACCAAGGAACAGUUAAAGUAAUAGAAUAAUAAUAAUAAUAAUAAUAAUAAUAAUAAUAAUAAUAAUAAUAAUUUAUACCCUGCCCAUCUGGCUGAGUUUCUCCAGCCACUCUGGGCAGCUCCCAAUAGAAUUAGUAGAAUUAGUGAUAAUAAUUAUAAUUAAUAAUAAAGCGAUAAAACAUCAAACAUUAAAAACUUCCCUAAACAGGGCUGCCUUCAGAUGUCUUCUAAAAGUCAGAUAGUUGUUUAUUUCCUUGAUAUCUGAUGGGAGGGCAUUCCACAGGGUGGGUGCCACUACCGAGAAGGCCCUCUGCCUGGUUCCCUGUAACCUCACUUCUUGUAGGGAAGGAACCGCCAGAAGGCCCUCGGAGCUGGACCUCAGUGUCUGGGCUGAAAGAUGGGGGUGGAGACACUCCUUCACGUAUCCUGGGCCGAGGCCAUUUAGGGCUUUAAUGGUCAGCACCAACACUUUGAAUUGUGCUCGGAAACGUACUGGGAGCCAAUGUAGGUCUUUCAGGACCGGUGUUAUGUGGUCUCGGCGGCCGCUCCCAGUCACCAGUCUGGCUGCUGCAUUCUGGAUUAAUUGCAGUUUCCGGGUCACCUUCAAAGGUAGCCCCACGUAGAGCACAUUGCGUAGUCCAAGCGGGAGAUAACCAGAGCACAUUGCGUAGUCCAAGCGGGAGAUAACCAGAGCAUGUGCCACUCUGGCGAGACAGUCCGUAGGCAGGUCAUUCAUCCACAUUUUUGCCUUAACACAGAGUCAAGCCAUUCGUUUGUCAUUCUCAGUAUUGUCUAUACGGACUCUCCAGGGGUUCAGGCAAGUCUCUCUCUCCCAGCCCUGCAUGGAGAUGCUGGGGAUCGAACCUGAGACCUUCCGCAUGCAAGGCAGCUGAUCCAUCACUGAGCCACAACGGGAGGAUGCUCUGGGGAAACUUUGGGCAGAGCAUGUCCUGGCUGCACUGCAAAUGACUUCCUUCUCUGCCUUUCUCAUGGCAGUGAGCUGGUUUCCUUUACUAUUUGGCCGUGCCCCUGUUAUAAUCACCGGAGAAAGGGGCCCUAGGCCGCCCCCCCACUUUCUGCUCCUUGCAGAAGCCCUGACAUCACGCCCUGCGGUUCAGUCGAUAAACACACCAGCAGUAAAUUAAAAGCCGAACAUCUGAGGGAAGUGGAGGGGAAAGGAUGCCUUGCAAGCCCAGCAUCCGCCUUUUCAUUCAGGAGUUGCUGCUGAAUGCUUGGCACCGGCCUGCGGAUGGGAAGUGGGUCGUCCGCUGCCGAUACGCCGUGUCAAAAAUAGCCCCCCUGGCAGGGUGUGCUGCCAGACAGAAGGGAAGUGCUCCAUGCUCCGAGCCCUUAAGGGAGCCAUCGCGUCACUCAGCACACCUGCGGGACGUUUCCUGGCUGUGGUCUUUAUAUAUAGAAGGCCGGAGCUUCUCUGCACACAAGAGGGCAGGAGCCUCAAAAAAUAGCAUAGCUGCCCAGAUUUUGUAGCGGACUCUGUGCGCUUCCUUGCUUCUGCAAGUUGGGGAGUCUGUACAGUGGUACCUCAGGUUAAGUACUUAAUUCAUUCCGGAGGUCCGUUCUUAACCUGAAACUGUUCUUAACCUGAAGCACCACUUUAGCUAAUGGGGCCUCCUGCUGCUGCCGCACCACCGGAGCACGAUUUCUGUUCUCAUCGCAACCCGAGGUACUAUUUCUGGGUUAGCAGAGUCUAACCUGAAGCGAAUGUAACCUGAAGCCUAUGUAACCCGAGGUACCACUGUACUGCCCUGGCUCUGUGCAACCUACAACUUCGCGCACAAAAUUCAGCAUUCUUGUAGGGCCGAAGGGCGUGGGAACGGCCACUGUUACAGUUCCCCAUCUGCAAGAAAUCUUUCAGUGAGGUGGCACCUUAUACUUUCGGACUCCCUGCCUGUUGGUAUUCUCAAACCUCUCCCGUGAGACCUGUCUGGCCCCCACCCCCAUUUCCUCCUGUGAUUGCAGAGGCCUCGUUUUAGCCUUACACAAGGGCAGUUCUGCAGAAAACUCCUGCCCUUGGGGGGGGGGGGCGCAGGGUUGUUUUAUUAUAAAGGUAAAGGGACCCCUGAGCAUUAGGUCCAGUCGUGGCCGACUCUGGGGUUGCGGUGCUCAUCUCACUUUAUUGGCCGAGGAAGCCCGAGUACAGCUUCCGGGUCAUGUGGCCAGCAUGACUAAGCUGCUUCUGGCGAACCAGAGCAGCGCACGGAAAUGCCGUUUACCUUCCCGCCGGAGCGGUACCUAUUUAUCUACAGUGGGACCUCGGGUUACAUAGGCUUCAGGUUACAGAUGUUUCAGGUUACAGACUCUGCUAACCCAGAAAUAGUAUCUCGGGUUAAGAACUUUGCUUCAGGAUGAGAACAGAAAUCAUGCUCCGGUGGCGCAGCAGCAGCAGGAGGCCCCAUUAGCUAAAGUGGUGCUUCAAGUUGAGAACAGUUUCAGGUUAAGAACGGACCUCUAGAACGAAUUAAGUACUUAACCCAAGGUACCACUGUACUUGCACUUUGAUGUGCUUUCGAACUGCUAGGUUGGCAGGAGCAGGGACCGAGCAACGGGAGCUCACCCCGUCGUGGGGAUUCGAACUGCCAACCUUCUGAUCGGCAAGCCCUAGGCUCUGUGGUUUAACCCACAGCGCCACCCGCGUCCCAUGUUUUGUUAUAUUCCUCUGGAAAUAUGCAUUCGUUCCCAGCUCAGGGAAAAGAAAAACAGCAGCAAAAGCAUGCGGGAUGUAGGUGAUUGCAGCCUUUGCUUAAAACAUACCCACGACUGCGGUCGUUGUUGCAUUAAUUGCAGGAGACUGCGUACUUUCCCCCUUCCAUGCCUCCAAGGGGUCUUUUAGUCAGGAGGAGCAUCUGUUCUCUAAAAGGAUGUGAUUAACGUCACACUUUGAUGUUGUAUGUUUGCACCAAGCUCAUCUGCUUUGAGGACUCUGGCUUAAUGAGGUAGUAAACAUUACAGGUGGCCUCGGUUAUUUUUAGCCUGACUCGUCCCUCUUCUCUGCUUUGCACAUCUGAUGCUGUAUGGAAAGCUGGUGUCCUCGGCACUUCUGAAGCCAUCGUGAGCGCGGCGCUCCUGGCAUCUUUGCAAGGCAAGGAGGAUGGCGGCAGAGCUGAUGGUCCCGCCGUCAGAGCGAGGGUCUCGCUUUCAUAGAUGCCCCCGCCUCAGUGCGCAUGGGAAUUCCCUUAUUUAUUUAUUUUUUAAUUUCAUUUUUUACCAACCAGCAAAACACAAACAGUGAAAUCCCCCAGGCGGCUAAUACAUUGGGUAUACGAUAUUCAAUAAUAUACAUAUUCAAUAAUAUUCAAUAAUAACAUAUUCAAAUUAACCAUACAUACACUUCUAUAUAUAACACUCUUCCUUCCACAAUAAGGCAAUAAGUCGCCACAUUUGGGACUUUUCUGUUCAGAGAAGUGGCGAGUAGCAGGCGACAGGACAGAAGUUUGCAAAAUUAUGUGUGGCAUGGAGAAAUUGUCAUGGAAUCAAUAGAGUUGGAAGGGACCACAUGGGUCAUCUAGUCCAAUGCAGGAAUAUUUUGUCCAACGUGGGGCUCAAACUCACAACCCUGGGAUUAAGAAACUUCAGCUGGUGCAGAAUUCAGCGGCCAGGUUGCUCACCGGAGCAAGAUGGUUUGAGCAUCUUACACCGAUCCUGGUCCGACUGCACUGGCUACCAAUUAGUUUCCGGGCCCAAUUCAAAGUGCUGGUUUUGACCUAUAAAGCCUUAAAUGGCUCAGGACCGCAACACCUCAAGGACCGCUUCUUUCCAUAUGAACCUACCUGGACCCUGAGAUCAUCUUCUGAGGCCCUCCUUCAUGUGUCUCCUCCUCGAGAGGUCCAGAGGGUGGCAACACGAGAACGGGGCCUUCUCUGCAGUGGCCCCCUGUCUGUGGAAUGCUUUUCCCAGGGAGGUUCACCUGACUCCUUCAUAUACACCUUGAAGGUGCCAGGCAAAAGCGUUCCUUUUUAAUCAGGUCUUUGGUUGAUCUGAUUUACAUCCUAUCCCCUUUUAAAACAUGUUUUUCUUUUUUUUUUGGUGGGGGAUGCUAUUGGGUUGUUUUUAUUUUUACUAUGUAUUUUGUGGUUUUAUAUCUUGAAUUUAUUCUGUGAACUGACCUGAGACUCCCGGGUAUAAGGCGGUAUCGUGGAUAGAGAAAAGCUUUUCUUCCUCUCACAAGACACUAGACCUUAUGGACAUCCGAGGAAACUUGAGUGUUGGCAGAUUCAGGAUGGAUAAACUGUACUUGUUCACGUAACUAAACUGUGGAACUUGCUUCCUGAAGAGACAGGCGUGGUAACCAACUUGGAAGGCUUUAAAAGAGGAUUAGACAAAUUCAUGGAGGAAGAGAGGGCUAUCGAUGGCUGCUAGCCAGGAUGGGAGUCAACAAUGCUUCUGAAUCCCAGUUGCUCUGUGGAAGGGAGAUUGCUGAUUUCCCACAGGCAACUGUUUCCACACUGUGAGAACAGGAUGCUGGACUAGAUGGGCCAUUGGCCUGAUCCAGCCAGGCUCUUAUGAGGUCCCUAUGGCAAAGGCUAGUAUUGGUCAGUGGGAGGACAUGGGGACCAGCACUGUGUGUUUAGGAAAGCUUUUAAUGUUUAAUAGACUAUUGUAUUUUAAUAUUUUGUUGGAAGCCGCCCAGAGUGGCUGGGGAAACCCAGCCAGAUGAGCGGGGUAUAAAUACCGUAUUUUUUGCACCAUAACACUCACUUUUUUCCUCCUAGAAAGUAAGGGGAAAUGUCUGUGCGUGUUAUGGAGCGAAUGCCUGCGGGUGGCGGGGGGGAUCUGCUGCAGUCGUGAGCAGAGGAUCCAUGGUUCCCCUUCCUUCCCUCCUCCAUGGUUACAAAGCAUGGAUCCACAUGGAUCCUCAGGAUUUUUGCAUUGGGCUACUCCAAACUCACUGUCAGAUCACAUGUCUGUGGCCACAGCAUAAACCACAAAAAUCAUAUAUCCACUAUUUCGUUUAGAAUAUUUUUUUUCUUGUUUUCUUCCUCUAAAAACUACGUGCAUGUUAUGGUCUGGUGCGUGUUAUAGAGCGAAAAAUACGGUAAAUAAAUUAUUAUUAUUAUUAUUAUUAUUAUUAUUAUUAUUAUUCAAGCAUCCUAACGUAGGACUUCCUUCUCUCCCCCCCUCCAUAGAAAACGCUACUUUUGAACUGGGAGCUACGUGGAUCCACGGUUCCAAUGGAAACCCCAUCUAUCAUCUAGCAGAAGAUAAUGGCUUACUCGAAGAGACGACAGACGGCGAGAGGAGUGUGGGUCGCAUUAGCCUGUACUCCAAGAAUGGGGUGGCUUAUCACCUCACCAACAACGGUCAAAGGAUCCCGAAAGAUGUGGUUGAAGAAUUCAGUGAUUUAUACAACGAGGUUUGUCGCCGAUGAGUUCCUAAAGCAAAUUUGUAGGCAGUACGGACCCAGCAGAGCAGUUUGCACGGUUUCAGGGUUGACCAGGGAGCUUUCAAAGAAGGGGUCUCUGAGGUGUGUUCCCCCCACAGGGACACACCUGCAUGUAAUAUUCCCCCCCCUCACCCUGCUGAAAUUACGCUUGAGCAAAGCUUCCUUCUAUCAACACAAGGCUUUUCUGAAGCGUAAUGAUGGCAGAGGGAUGAGGGAAUGGGGUUGUUUUGGGAUCCAGGCAGAGGGCCUUCUCGGUAGUGGCACCCACCCUGUGGAACGCCCUCCCAUCAGAUGUCAAAGAGAAAAAUAACUACCAAACUUUUAGAAGACAUCUGAAGGCAGCCCAGUUUAGGGAAGCUUUUAAUGUUUAAUAGCUUAUUGUAUUUUAGUGUUUUGUUGGAAGCUGCCCAGAGUGGCUGGGGAAACCCAGCCAGAUGGGCGGGGUAUAAAUAAUAAAUUAUUAUUAUUGUUAUUAUUAUUAUUAUCUCCCUGACAAAAAAACACAACCCAGUGGGCCAGAAAUGGCGACCCCACUCCCAGCCACAAUUUGAAGCCUAAGAAGCUUUCAAUUGACUGCAAGAGAAGGUUUCUUUCAGGUCUAAUAACAAUCAAGGAGAGGCAUUUUCUCCCCUGCUGCUGGUGUGUGUCUCAGCUGGGGAGAGUUAACUCUUUCCUUCCCACUUCUAACACCCCACCUACCCACCCAUUGCAGAUUGUGUCUCCCCUCAAUUAACCUGGGGGCUGGCCUUAUUUUGAAGCCAACAGAAGGUCUUUUUUUUAGCCUAAUCGUUGCUGUGUGUGUAAGUGUGUGUAAGACAGAAGGAUCUUCCUGGAAAUUGCAACUGGCGUUAGAAGGUUAACUCUUGCCUCCCCAGCUAUGCUCUACAGGACAGUCGUGUCCUACCCCCAUCCCCAGUUAAGAGUAAAGGUAAAGGGACCCCUGACCAUUAGGUCCAGUCGUGGGCAACUCUGGGGUUGCGGCACUCAUCUCGCUUUACUGGCCGAGGGAGCCAGCAUGACUAAGCCGCUUCUGGUGAACCAGAGCAGCGCACGGAAACGCCGUUUACCUUCCCACUGGAGCAGUACCUGUUUAUCUACUUGCACUUUGACGUGCUUUCGAACUGCUAGGUUGGCAGGAGCUGGGACCGAGCAACAGGAGCUCACCCCGUCGUGGGGAUUCGAACCGCCGACCUUCUGAUCGGCAAGUCCUAGGCUCUGUGGUUUAACCCACAGCGCCACCCGCGUCCCACUCCAGUUAAGAGUGGACGAGAGCAAAAACACCUUUUUCCAGGCCUAGUUCACUUCUUGCUCUCCACUUAAUUGUCAUUUUGUGUGCGGGGAGGGAAAAUGUGGUUGUGUGGUUGUGCAUGUGUGCACUGUUGCAGUUUGUGUGGUGUGCGCAACAGGUCCCCCAGCUUGCAAUUGUUGUUGUUGUUUUUAAUAUGUUUUUAUUUAAGCUUUUCCCUGUUGCAAAACAAACAUAUAAACAGGGAAAGGUGCAUCUGCCGUCUCCAGCCUGCAGUUGUUCGUACAUGCACGAGAAAGUCUGGUGACCCGAGCAAUCCGUCAUGACCCACUUGGGACUGUUGCUCUUAAGUUUGUCUCCGCUGGCCUGGUGGGUUUCUCUUUCGGAUCCUCCUUUGGCCAGCCACAGGUCCAGCCCCCACCUGACACCCCUCCUGUCCAAGUUUCAGGGUUUUCUGAGGUCCUGUUUCUUGACUCGUGCAAAUCUGCUUUAGUGUGCUUUGUCUCAUUUUAUCCUCUCCGGGUCCUCGAGAAAGUGGAUUAGGUAGAGAGGUUGAGACGUGCAUGAGGCCACCUAGGGAGAGGCAGUUCAUGAGAUCCGUCACUCAUAAAUUGGCGCUUUGCUGCCUGUGUAUGUGAAAGUGGGAAAGGAUCAUUUGGAAUCACACCAAAUAGUGUGAUAGCUCUCUCUCCACAGCUGGAGGCAGCGUUGUUUCUGAACACCAGUGGCUGAAAGUUACAGGAGACAGGGCCACUCUCUCUCUCUCUAUUUUAUAUUAACAUAUCAUUUUCAACAAUUAUUAAACAUACUUUUAUAUCUUACACAAUAUUUUUGACUUCCAUCAAUCACAUCUGAAAAUUUUCCAAUCUUUUCCACUUAAUUUAUAUUUCUUACUUUCACUAUUACAUUUAAGUACCAUAACUAAUGUCUGUCUUCUUUGCAAUAUUUCAUAUAUUCCUCCUUACAAAACUUCUUGUAGUCCUACUAGCGUAAUUUGUUGAUUAUGGUUGCUUUUCAAAUAGUUUGUAUAUUUCCUCCAGUCUUCUGUGAAUCUCUGGUCCCGCGGGUUUCGAAUUCUUCCUGUCAUUUUAUCCAAUUCUGCGUAGUCCAUUAGUUUCGCUGGCCAUUCUUCUUUCAUCGGUAAUUCUUCUUGCUUCCAUUUCUGGGCCAACAAUACUCUUGCUGCUGUUGCUGCGUAUAAAAACAGUUUAAUGUCCUGUCUAUUGGUGUCUUCACUUAUAAUACCAAGUAAAAAUGCUUCUGGUUUUUGUUUUUUUUAAAAAAAGUAUAUUUCAACAUCUUUUUCAUCUCAUUAUAUAUCAUUUCCCAGAAGUUUUUUACUUUCUUACAUUCCCACCACAUAUGAUAAAAUGAUUCUUUUUCUUUACAUUUCCAACAUUUAUUAUUCGUCUUAUACAUUUUAGCUAAUUUCACAGGUGUAAUAUAGCAUCUGUACAUCAUUUUCAUCAGAUUCUCUUUCAAAGCAUUACAUGCUGUAAAUUUUAUUCUCUCUUUCCACAACCUCUCCCAUUAUUUUAGCUGUAUAUUAUAUCCAAAAUCUUUGGCCCGGUAUAUCAUAACCAAUUUCACGUCAAUCUAGAAGCCUUUUAAAAGAAUAUAACACAUACAGUGGUACCUCGGGUUAAGAACUUAAUUUGUUCUGGAGGUCCAUUCUUAACCUGAAACUGUUCUUAACCUGAAGCACCACUUUAGCUUAUGGGGCCUCCUGCUGCUGCCGCUGCGCCGCUGGAGCACGAUUUCUGUUCUCAUCCUGAAGCAAAGUUCUUAACCUGAAGCAAUAUUUCUGGGUUAGCAGAGUCUGUAACCUGAAGCGUAUGUAACCUGAAUCAUAUGUAACCCGAGGUACCACUGUAUUCAUGGAGGAGAGGGCUAGCCAUGGCUACUAACCAUGAUGGUUAUGCUCUCUCUCUCCAUCUCCACAGUUCAGUGCUUCUGAAUCCAAGUCACUGGAAACCACAGGAGGAGAGAGUGUUGCUCUUGCGUUCAAGAGCAGCUGGUUUCCCAAAGGCACAUUGUUGGCCACUCUGAGAACAGGAUGCUGGACUAGAUGGGCCACUGGCCUGAUCCUGCAGGCUCUCCUUACGUUCUUACCGGAAGCCAAGAGUGGUAGCUUGCCCCUGUGCAUCCAUCACACAUUUGGCAAAGGGAGGCGGCUCAGUGGGUGGGCAUUUGCUUUGAAUGCCGAAGGCACCAGGUUUCGUCUCCUGGUAGGGCUGGUGGAGACCCCUGCCUGAAACACUAAGAGCUGCUGCCAAUCAGCGUUGACCAUGCUCAGCUAGAUAAACCAAUGGGCUUACUCAAUAUUAAGCCUGCUUCCUGCGUUCUCUGGUGUGGGAGGUGAGCUUUCCAAAUAGAUAAGCACCAACAUGUGGCUUCGCUGAACUGAGCCUCGGCUACAAGACUGAGUGGAGAGUCAGACCUGGGUUUCCUUCUUUGCAAUAGUAAUAAUAAUAAUAAUUUAUUAUUUAUACCCCACCCAUCUGGCUGGGUUUCCCCAGCCACUCUGGGCGGCUUUCAACCGAAUAUUAAAAACAAUACAGCGGCAGACAUUAAAAACUUCCCUAAACAGGGCCGCCUUCAGUUGUCUUUUAAAAGUAAAAUAGUUGUUUAUUGCCUUGACAUCUGCUGGGAAGCCAUUCCACAGGGCGGGCGCCACUACCGAGAAGGCCCUCUGCCUGCUUCCCUGUAACUUGGCUUCUCGCAGUGAGGGAACCGCCAGAAGGCCCUCGGAGCUGGACCUCAGUGUCCAGGCUGAACGAUGGGGGUGGAGAUGCUCCUUCAGGUAUACAGGACCGAGGCCAUUUAGGGCUUUAAAGGUCAGCACCAACACUUUGAAUUGUGCUCGGAAACGUACUUAAAAUAACAUGAAGAGGUCAAGCCCUGUACCGUGAGCCAGACUUGAUAUCUGUCCUUUUCACUCGACGGUUUCUCAUAUAUGUGUGUGUUGGGUCCCACGUUGGGCAAAAGAUUCCUGCAUUGACCCUUGUGGUCCCUUCCAGCUCUACAGUUCUUGUUCCACAGUCCUAUGUGUGUUUACUCGGAAGGAAGCCCCUCUGAGUUCUGUGCUGCUCCCUCCCAUGUAAAUCUGCCAAGGGCUCCAGCGUUAGAGGUUUCCAGCACUGAGCCUGCCUGCGAAAAGCUAUGGGGGCUACUUUGGAGAUGUAUUAGUUAGAUCCUCUUAGAACAUUCCUAGCGCCACUCAAAAUACAGGGAAUUAGGGUCACGCAGCUGACUUAAGCUCUCCCCCUACUCCCUCCUCUUGGGGUUCUUCAGCAAUUGGUUCAGAUAAGUGUUUGAAGUUUUGAAAAGUAGGCCCUUUUUGUACAAAAGGAAAAGGGAAGGGCAGUCGAAAACAGGCUGUGGCUAAUUGUGCCUCUGCCCAGUUACUUAAUGUAUUUUAAUGUGGUUUUGCUCUCCUUGUGAACGUGCAAUCUGCUUACGGCCAGCGAGCGGCUUAUGCAAGCUGCCUGGUGUUCUGCUGAAGCCAAGGGUUGCAGCGACUUUGAUAUCUUCUUGUAAGCCAGGGGUUCUGAUCUCCCCAAAGCAAGAGGGAUGGUCCCUGGUGAAAUCCCCCAGUUCCAUUUAAUGCAGCAGGAGGAGGAAGUUGGGUGCCCCCUUAACUUUUAGCAAGCCUCUGUAGUUGGAAACACCAGGCCCUUGAUCAUGUUUCUGUAGCUACGUGAUCAAGGUCACAUCGCCCGCCUUGGCUGAUUAGUUCCCCCGAAUUACUGGCCAUCAAAGGUUGUUUUUCUCUCUCUGCUUACCAUGCAUGUUGACACAGAGCUUAUUAUCCAUGUUCCGGUGGCUAGUUUCAUGCGGAGAGCGAAUCGGGAUGGCAAGAACUCUGUCCGUGGAAAAUGCUCAGAAUGUUUAGAAUUGCAACACUGUUUGAGGCUAAAAUGGCCCAAUCUGGGAUACGUUGCUGCUUUUAAAAGAUUGCAUUUGCUUCUGCAGCCCAGAUAGCCUGGCGGAUAGCUCGUUAUAGGGUGGGGUGGAGCUUCUACGGUGUCAGUUUGGUGAUUAAAUAUGUGAAACUCUUUUGAGUUUCUUCUGGCGGUUCCCUCCCUGCGAGAAGCGAAGUUGCAGGCAGAGGGCCUUCUCGGUAGUGGCGCCCUCCCUGUGGAAUGCCCUCCCAUCAGAUGUCAAGGAAAUAAACAACUAUCUGACUUUUAGAAGACAUUUGAAGGCAGCCCUGUUUAGGGAAGUUUUUAAUGUUUGAUAUUUUACUAUGUUUUAUAUAUGCUGAAAGCCGCCCAGAGUGGCUGGGGAAACCCAGCCAGAUGGGCAGAGUAUAAAGAAAACAACAACAACACUCAAGGAAGCACUAUAUAGAUGCAAAGUAUUUUGUAUAAUUAGUAUUUAUGUUAUAAGGUAAAUGUGCAGUUUCCCCUGGGUUUCCUCUAAAUCCCAGGCAAAGAGUUUAUACAGUUGUACCUUGGAAGUUGAACGGAAUCCAUUCCAGAAGUCCGUUCGACUUCCAAAGCAUUCGGAAACCAGGGCUUUGACUUGCAAGGCAUUCGACUUCCAGGGUACGACUGUAUCUACAUGAGCAAAAGCAGGCAUUCAUCAGUUGGACUUACAUUUAAUACUGUUUUUAGUGUCUGGUUUGCUCUAAGGUAGCCGUGGAACGCACAACACAUCUGACGCAUUGCAUUCCUUGCUAAUGUAGCUGUUUUACAAUGUUGUGUUAAUAUAUUUAUGGCUGCAAACAUGGAAAAUAUUUGUAUGUCCAUAACGAGUAGGUUCUUCCGGUAACCUAUAAGCAUAUUUAAUACGCUUGUUUCAUAAUAAAAGAAACUUUUCCAGCAACCAUUUCCUGAAACAGCUGUGCAGGUUUGCAUUCCCACCACGUCUGGACGUAUGGUGUUGUUAACCCCCUUUGUGUGUCCCCUCUCCCUGUCUCGAGACAGGUCUAUAACCUGACUCAGGAGUUCUUUCAGAGUGGUAAACCAGUCAAUGCUGAGAGCAAGAACAGCGUGGGCGUCUUCACGCGAGAUGUCGUGCGCAAGCGCAUCAAAGCCGAUCCGGACGACUCGGAGACGAUCAGGAGGCUGAAACUUGCCAUGAUCCAGCAAUACCUUAAGGUACGGACAGCGAUGGCGGGGUUUGCUUGAGACGUUGCAGCACCAUAUAACAUAGGCUGGCAAUAGCAAGUUGGCACGUGGCUGAGAUUUUCAAAACCCCAUUUGUGGAAUUCUCUCCCCGAGGCGAUUUGACUGGUGCCUUCAUUCUACACCUUUAGGUGCCAGGUGAAAAUGUUCCUCUUUAACCAGGCCUUCAUUGCCCCUUUAAAAUCUGUUGUUGGGCAGAGGAGUUACUAGGUUGUCCUUGUCUUUAUUCCUGUUACGAAUUUUGUGUUUUUUCUGUUGUGAUUUUCUGUUGUAAGCCGCACUAGGAGAAGAACAGCCCCCAUCUGAAAGCCCUUCUUCUCUGCCUGCUUUUCCCUAGGUGGAGAGUUGCGAGAGCAGCUCCCACAGCAUGGACGAGGUGUCGCUCAGCGAAUUCGGGGAGUGGACCGAAAUCCCCGGGGCCCACCACAUCAUCCCGUGCGGCUUCAUGAAGAUCGUGGAGAUCCUCUCCCGCGCCAUCCCGGAGUCGGUCAUCCAGCUGAACAAGCCGGUCAAGUGCAUCCACUGGAACCAGUCGGUCAGCAAGGAGAUCGAGGGGGUGGCCGACCACAACAGCGACCGCACAGGGGAGCGGGACAUGGGCUACCACGUCUGCGUGGAGUGCGAGGACUGCGAGUUCAUCCUGGCUGACCACGUCAUAGUGACGGUGUCCCUGGGGGUGCUGAAGAAGCACCACGAGAACAUGUUCCACCCCCGGCUGCCCGAGGAGAAGGUGAUGGCCAUCCAGAAGCUGGGCAUCAGCACCACGGACAAGAUCUUCCUGGAGUUUGAGGAGCCCUUCUGGAGCCCCGAGUGCAACAGCAUCCAGUUUGUGUGGGAGGACGAGGCCGAGGCUGAGAGCCUCACCUACCCCGAGGGGAUGUGGUACAAGAAGAUCUGCAGCUUCGACGUCCUCUACCCGCCCGAGCGCUACGGCCACGUGCUGAGCGGCUGGAUCUGCGGGGAGGAGGCCCUGAUCAUGGAGAAAUGUGACGAUGAAACCGUAGCAGAGACUUGCACUGAGAUGCUGCGUAAAUUUACAGGUCUGCGGCUGCCCCCACUGCCUUUGCGUUUGGGUCUGGAGAGCGGAAAGGUCUGGGCCAGGUGGGGUGGGAGGCAACACAUUUAGAGCUGUCAUGACUUUCCCAGAGAAUCAUGGGAAGUGUAGUUUACUAAGGAUGCUGAGGAUUGCUGCUCUGUGAGGGUUCUCCUAGCAACUCUCAGCAUCCUUCACGAACCACAGUUCCCAGGGUUCUUUGCGGGGAGCCAUGAUGAUUAAAGUGGCACAGGACUGCUUUAAAGGUCUGGUGUGGAUGCGACCAUGGUAAAAUAAGGAUGUGGGUUAAUGUGUCAUGCUCAGAUUUUAGCUUUUCUACACACUUAAAGGGUUGCCUUAGGCAAACAUAUGUCUCAGCCUCAGUUCACCAUGCUUCAUUAAAGGGGUGGUACUAAUUGCAGGUGUGCAAAGCUCUGCAAUUGAGUUCUGCCUUGGUUCGUCAUUAUUGAUCUUCUCAUUACUUAGGACUCUUGGUAAAUUUCAGGGGACCCUGGCGCGCAGCUUGGAAAAUGCUGCCAUGGCUCCUCCUGGGAAAAUUAUCCCAUGAACUUCGCCUGCGGACAGGGUCAGAGCUGGACUCUGUCAUCUUUUCCAUUCGUGAUCACUUGUGCUUGGUGCCCCUUUCAUCCCAGAAACUAUUUAUCUAGGGGGACUUUGAUUUCCCCCACAUGUUAGCAUAAUGGAUUAUUUGGAUUUGCUGUCUAAACACCCCGAAUUUCAGGCAGCCUACGAGGCAUUGACAACUGCGGCUCUUUGUAAACCUGAUUAAAGUGGUGCCUCGUUCAAAACAACUCAGUUUCUUGUACACAGCCUUUGUCGGCUAAGCCCUCGGAUGUUAGGUGCCUGGAUUUCAGGGGAGCUAGAAGCUUUCAAGUUCACAGGAUUGCUGUAUCUUCUGGCUGCUGCCCAACCGUUCAGGAGCUCAUGGGUGCAACCGUGCCUCUCGCCCUUUUGCCCUCUGUGUGUGUGUUCUCCUGAGGAUGAUUUUAGCCAUGCUAAAAUCCGAGCUCUCCUUCUGAUCUUUGCACGUUGCUGGCCUUCUGUGAUAUUACUCAGGUGGCUUCAGCAUUGGAAUUGACCCACACCUUUGGUCUGAGGUCAAUAAUCAGUUGCCACAAAUGUGAUUGCCAGCAGGCCACCCAUCUUCUGAGUGUGGUGAUCUCCUGUUCCAUUGCAGAGUGGGGCUCAUCUGAGGAAAAGGCUGUAGUUCAGAGAUAGAACAUCCACUUUGCAACAUCCAGGUUCAGCCGCCAGCAUCUCCUAGCAGGACUGCAAAUGUCUCCUACCUGAAAACCUGGAGAGCCGCUGGUCUGACCUGAUAGAACGCAGUUUCCUAUACAGUCAUACCUCGGGUUGAAGUAGCUUUGGGAUAAGUGUUUUCAGGUUGCGCGCUGCUGCGACCCGGAAGUUACUUCUGGGUUUUACCGCUCGCGCAUGCACAGACGGUCAAAAUAACGUCCCAUGCAUGCACAAAAGCGGCGAAUCGUGACCUGCGCGGACGUGGGUUGCGUUCGCUUCUGGAUGUGAACGGGGCUCCGGAACGGAUCCCGUUCACAUCCAGAGGUACCACUGUAUUCCUUUCUGCAGUUGGAACAAAACUUAAAUAAUCAUAUAAACAAUAGAUUAAUCUCAUGUUAAUCAACGGACAAUAAAAUUAAACAGUGCACUGAUAAUUCACAAUAAAAUCUGAGCAUAACACUUCGCUGCUGCAAACACAGCGGAAACAACCCGAGAGUUGAAAACUCAACUUGAUUGGCGUAAGGGGUGAGUGCCUCAGGUUGUCUUUGUCGGUGGGAAAGAUCAUCGUGUCUCACUGGUCAGCUACUGCCAGUCUUAAGAUGUGCAGUCCCCGGUCCAAUAAGUGCUGACCUGCCACUGUCUGCCUGCUUCAGUGGGUGCUUGGAGUUCAGCGUAUCACUUGACAAGAGAACUGAAUUUCUGCACCAGCCAAAAAAAGAACCCAAAAGUUUGACUUCACCCCCAAAGGUGCACCUCUCUGUUGUCUCCUGAGACAGAUGGAUGAUAAAAAUACACGAGCAUAGUCAAGGUGGCCCCUUUGAAACUAAGUCUCAAAAAACCCUGAAACGGUACCCCAUCCCAGGAGAUGGCAGAAAAUGCACCUGCUCCAGUCCCUCAAUCCAGUCCCUCAAUACUCCAACCCAAGAUAAAAACUCAUAAAGUCAUACCUCGGGUUGAAGUAGCUUUGGGAUAUUUUUGGGUUGCGCACUGUGGCGACCUAGAAGUAACGGAGUGCGUUACUUCCGGGUUUCGCCGCUCGCGCAUGCGCAGACUGUCAAAAUGACAUCACGCGCAUGCAUGGAAGCGGCGAAUCGUGACCCGUGCACGUGCAGAUGCGGGUUGCGUUCGCUUCUGGAUGCAAACCGGACUCCAGAACGGAUCCCAUUCGCAUCCAGAGGUACCACUGUACUAGAAACAUGGAUUGCAGUACACUGAUUUCCUCCAGAACACGACUCUUUCAAUUAAUCCACCCAGUGUUUAUCUGAACCACCAGGAGUCACUAUCAGUGAAGUGUGUGCACAUUUUCACAGGGCCAUGCAAUAUAUAUCUGGUUAGCUGAACUUGGAUUAUUUUUCCAGGCCUCUUCCCCUUACGACUUUGCGCCUUCUCUUUCGGUCUAGGGAAUCCGGACAUUCCGAAACCUCGGCGGAUCUUGCGAUCCUCGUGGGGCAGCAAUCCUUACUUCCGCGGCUCCUAUUCCUACACUCAAGUUGGGUCUAGCGGAGCGGACGUGGAGAAACUCGCAAAGCCACUGCCUUAUACUGAGAGCUCCAAGACGGUUGUAAGUAUUAUCUCGGAAACGAACCCCUUGAAAAGCCUCUGCCGGAAAGAACGCUCAUUUGAAAAAACGGGCCAUUGGGUAGGAAAAAAAUCUGCAACGAAUUAUUAAAACUGGGAAGAGUGCAAUUUUUUUUUUUGUCUGGGGUGCAGUAGAAAGGACUAAGGGCAAACGGUCACUUUCUGUCCUAUUGCCAAUAUUAAACGAAUUAAUCGACUUUAAAGCCUUUCUAGUUAGCAUUUAAGACAGCUUGAGAAUUGUAGGCCGGAUCCUCCAGUCCCUAAAUCUUAGCCCCAAAGAACAUGCAAGGGCGAUUGCAGGAUCCAAGCUACGCGUUGGUCGAUGGAACCACUGGGCUAAGCUGUCUUCAUAGCAUUUAUUUAAGAUAGUAUUUUUAUGCUGCCAUUUUAUAAACUAUCAGGGCAGUGUGGUGUAGUAGUAGUAGUAGUAGUAGUAGUAGUAAUUAAGGUUUAAUAAGUUAACUCUUUAUAUUUGGACAACUUUUCUGCUGUACUUUCUUGGAAGGAGAAAAAUAAUCAUUUCCUUAAUAACAAUUUAAACAAUUCAUUUAACUAUGUAUCCGUGUUUGUUAACUGAUUUGGUUAAACAAUUUAAAAACAAAACAAAACUCUGACUGAGUUUUAGCACAGAUGCAGAACUUAAAACAAAUCCUUAUUUCCUGAUGAAUGGCCUUUGGACUAUAAUGUAACUUAAAUAGAAAAUAUCUUUAGAAAGAUUUUUCCUCCAAAAGCAUUUUAUUUUAAAAAUCCAAUUUAAAUUAAAAAAAUAAUCUUUGGUUUUAUCCACCCUGAUUUCCUAUGCAGUUUUUUACACGUUUUACGCAAAUUUUGACUUCCCAUGUCAUGUUACAGCAGUUUUUUUGCACCCCUCGUUUUUGGAAUUUGAAAAGUUCAACACACCCCACUCAGGCAGUAGUAUCCUUUGCCCAAGGCGUUCAGGUCUCUCCCCCCCCCAAAAAAAACCCCCCACCAUGCGUUCACGGAACAUGGUGCGUUUGUGUUUGUGUGUGUAUCUGCAAAGGGCUGUUGUCUUUCAAUACGCCUUUGGCUCUGCACCAGUGGCAUAGCGUGGGGGGUGCAGGGGGGGCCGGCCGCACCGGGCGCAACAUCUGGGGGGGCGUGCUCGCACUCGCAGCUCUCUGCCCCUACCUGGCUCACUCACUCUCUCUCACUGCAGUGCUGGCUGUGCGAAUCCAAUCCGAGCCGCUGGGUCGCCGCCCACUGUGGAGGGGGUGGGUGCCAGGCGUGCGGUGCGGAGAGAGAGCGAGGGCCGCUGGGUCGCCGCCCACUGUGGAGGGGGUGGGUGCCAGGCGUGCGGUGCGGAGAGAGAGCGAGGGCCGCUGGGUCGCCGCCCACUGUGGAGGGGGUGGGUGCCAGGCGUGCGGUGCGGAGAGAGCGCGAGGGCCGCUGGGUCGCCGCCCACUGUGGAGGGGGUGGGUGCCAGGCGUGCGGUGCGGAGAGAGAGCGAGGGCCGCUGGGUCGCCGCCCACUGUGGAGGGGGUGGGUGCCAGGCAUGCGGUGCGGAGAGAGAGCGAGGGACUAUCAGGGGGAGGGACAGUGCAGCGGCCGCCCAGCGCAGCGCUGAGCGCGGGAGAGAACCACACCAGACCAGACCAGGCAGCAGCAAGAAGAAGCUGGCAGCGGCGGCAGGUUAGGGGUUAGGGGGCGCAAAUUACUUGCCUUGCCCCGGGUUAGGGGGCGCAAAUUACUUGCCUUGCCCCGGGUGCUGACAACCCACGCUACGCCGCUGCUCUGCACAUCUCAUGAAAGCCCUUUAUUGCAUGAAUGGAGAAGCGCCAGCAUCCAUGCAGUUCCGUGUGUGUUUUUGCCUAUGUCCAGUCCUUGCCUCCCCCUGACAUUUUUAUCUCUCCAAAUACCUUUUCCUGACGUGUGUUCUCUCCCCCUGUCCCCAACCUCUCCCCUCCCUCCCUCCCUCCCUGGAUCUCCAGCCUAUGCAGGUGAUGUUUUCGGGCGAGGCCACCCACAGGAAGUAUUAUUCCACUACCCAUGGUGCUUUGCUUUCUGGCCAGAGGGAGGCAAACCACCUCCUUGAAAUGUACCAAGACCUCUUGCAAUGCAGAAACUGA